AUGGCGGACCGUGAGGCGUCGCCGAUACCGCUGGAGAUCCGAGCCCGGCUGGCGGAGCUGGAGCUGGAGCUGUCAGAAGGUAAGAAAUGAUUAAAUUUAGGCGAAAAAAGCGCAAACCUCCUCCUCCCCCCUCUCUCUUCCCCCUCCUUCUCCUGUUUUCCCUCGUUAUCCCGUUAUCUCAUCACCACCACCACCAUCAUCAUCAUCACCAUCCACACCGGGAGCCUUCCUACUAACGGAAUCUAACCGUUCAUUCCUGCGGCCCCCUCCUCAUCCUCCUCCUCCUCCUCCUCCUCUCGUCCCCUCCCGCUCCUCCCAUCCAGAUGUUUGUCAGCCAGGAACCGGCCUGGCCAACUCUCUGUAGCCGGGAGAGGGUGAGGGCUGAGCGGGAACACACUGCGGGAUUCGGCCGCUGCUCUUUGUCUCCUCGGAGGUGCAGCUUCGAGAAAUCACAAACACCCGACCGGGCCUGUCCGCCCGAUCUGGGUCUGAAUCCAGCCCGUUGUUUGACCUUGAGAUGUUGACACAAUCAGCCUACCUGUGUGCGCGUGUGAUGCUGUGUGUGAUGCUGCGUGUGUGUGUGUGUGUGUGUGGAGUGGGGUUAAUAAUAGCAGUGCGUGACAGAGAUGCACAGAGAGGCAGUUUGCCGUUUGAUGCCCGUGAUCUCAGCCCCCUGCCUCUGUGUUUCUGGGGCCUGCAGAGCAGCUGAGGAUGAAGAGGAUGCCUGGGAAUAUUUCCCUCCCUCCCAUCUUCCUCUCCCUCUUCCUCUUUUCCUCCACCAUGGACAGAUGCACAAACUCUCUUUCUAUGGGCCGUUGAAUCCCAAUCACAGCAAUCCACCCUGCUGUUAUUUCGGCAUCUCGGAUAAGAAGAGGGCAUUUCUGCCUUAUAUAAUGGGGAUGGCAUAUUUUAUUCAUACAGGCUCGGGAAGGCCUACAUAGUGAAGGGAGAAGCCUAGAUACACGCUGGAUGUGAGCCACCCUGUUGCCUGAAAUGUUUCAUUUAUUGUGGAUAAAUGUACGUGAGAGCUCGGGUGGUGUGGUGCAGCAGACUAGAGUUCAUUAUGUGGGAAAAAUCUUCCUCGUCCGUCACUCUUGUCAGGUCUGCAGUAAAACCAGCAUCACCUGCAGUGAUGUGCAGCUGUAGAUACAGUCCUGUGACAGUCAAGAUUAAACACUCUUCCAGUGUGUAAAUUCUGGGGCAAAAUCUGAAUAAAUUAGGGUGAAAUUUAUACAUACAGACAAUCGGGGAUCUGCAGCUUUCAUCCCCCCCAAAAAACAGCAGCACAAGCCUUUGAAGCAGUCAAACCUCGACAGAUCAAACUGCCCCCUCUCCUUCUGAUCAGACUCAUCAUUCAUAAAAGCCUUUAUUUCCUCCCACUGCAGUGACACACACACUCACACACACACUCUGGAAGGUAAAAGUGAGGCAGCUGCAGGCCGAGUGGAGCUCCUAAUCCAGCUGAGAGUGUUUAUCAGAGCAGAACCCGCGGCUGACAGAUGUUAUUAAUGAUGGAGACGGCGGGAGGAGGAAGAAGAAACGUCACGCCCGAACGUCAGACAGCAUGAAACACUCCUGACACUCAGGUGUGUGUGAUGGGUGUUGUGUGUGUGUUUUGUUGUGUGCGUUGGGACUGGCAGGGUUAUUGGUGGAUCACAGCAGGAGGACAACCUGACAGGUCUACUGACAGGGUGAUGGACGUGUCAGUGUGUGUGUCUGUCACUGGCACUCCUCCAAAACAGAGGUUGAGAGUGUGUCUGCUGCUGCUGCUGCUGCUGUUGUAUGUGUGUGUGUUGUUCACUUAGGUAGAGUGCUAGGCUGUCGGUGGUCACUUCAAAAUAAGAGCCUGGUGUGCAGGAAGAAUGCAUGACAGCUUUUUGAAGAGGCUUCGAAUUAAGACGGAGAUUUAUUCAGUUUGUAAGCUGAGCUUGUUUUACCUGAGAGUGGAUCAGUCUUUACCAUGAGUGUUGUUAGUAUACAUCCACAGUUAACAAUCACACACACUGAAAACACCACAAAUGAAAGGAUUCUUGAAACGUACAUUAGUUGUUUUUUUUUGUUCAGUAGUUUGAUAGUUGAUCAUUGAUCAGAUUAAUACUUCAGAUCUGAAAAUAUAAGGUCUGUCAAAUACUAAAACAGCUACUUGAUUAUAUAGAGUAUUUUAAAAACUGCUUCUCAUUUGUGUCGACGAGAACCACAAAAUAACAAACACCUGAUGCUCCAGCUUCAACACAGUGAGAUGAACUUCAUUUGGUUGUCAAACUUUCUCAGACUAUGAGGAUGUGUUUCAUGCUGCGUUCGAGUUACCUCGGAAGUCAGAUGUCCGAGCUGAAAAUGACGUCACACCCGAGUUUCAGUUUCAGUUACCAAGUCAGAAAAACGCAAAAUCAGAGGCGGAAACAAGAUGGCUACAUCUACAGAAGUUAUUCGGACAAGACAAGCGCUAAAGUAAGAUUUGAAGAUGUAGUCCGAUUUAGCUUUUUUCUGACUUGGUAACUGAAAUGCUUGUAACUCGAGUGUGAUGUCAUUUUCAGCUCGGACUUCUGACUUCUGAGGUAACCUGAACGCAUCGUUAGUACCAUGAAGAUUUAUAGAAAGAACCAGAAACUUAUAGUUUUGAUAAAGCGGAGGUAAAUCUAUAAUGGAGAUGACCACUGGGUGUAGCUUUGACUGUCCAUUUACCUUCUGUUAACAAGUUUGAAUUGGUUUAUUAUCGGUGUAGAUCUGUUUUAAUUCAGUGAUGAAUUUAUCGGGAAGUUAUCCAUUGAAUUCCAGUAUUGGCAAAUAUCGUCAAAGUGUCAUUGAUAAAUCAAAAACUGUUCAAGAAGAGCAACAAGUUUGCACAUUUUCGAAGCAGGUGGUCUACAGUUUAACAACAAAAUGUUUAGGAGGAGCAACAAAUGCGCAUGUUUGUGCACUAGGAUUUAUUAUCUUUACUUUUUAAAGAUAAUUUGGGUUAUUGGUACAAAUAGUUGAUGAGAGGAAGCGUCCUGACUUAAAAAAUCAAAGAUCAUUUCACAGAUUGACUUCUGUCAUGAAAGAAAAGUGUUAAUAGGAUUAAGGAAGUUUCAGACCGCACUGCAAAAGACCUGUUUAUGUGAAUAAUCCCAGUGUCUGAGGACACAGCUGUUAUUGAAAUGCAGAGUAAUAAACCUCAGGCAACAAUUUCCUGUCAGGUUUGAUGGGUAGCGCCUCGGGAUCAAACUUUUCCGUCUUGGUCUUUGAGAGCCAGCGCUCCACCUGUUUAUUAGAUAAACUCAGCAAUCAGCCGAGCUGUGGCAGAUAAGCCUCUGUGCUGCUCCCUCGCUUAGUGUCGCCCAAAUCACAUCAUCCCCACCGUGUGGCUGUGACCUCCAGGCUGUUCGCUGCUGUUAGGAGACUGUAGCCGUUUGUCCCAUCGUCUUAUGCAGAUGGGACGAACAGAGCUGUUGGUGGUCGAGGUGUUUGUUACAGGAUGGCCUCUUUAGCUGCCAAAACACGCUGUUGGUUCAGAGGUAAUCUGUAUUUACAGACUCGACAGAAAAUGUGGGGUUUGUGUGCAGGGGUCUGGAUUUUAGUAUUCAAAUGAUCUGGUUUACAUUUGUUGUCUGAGUCAUGUUGUGCAGGAAAAACAGUCUGUAUGGAGGUAAAAUGAAGUAGAAAGAAAUCCACCUCAGCCUCCGUUUACAGACAUUUACAAUCAAAAUGCUAAUCUGCUUAAAUUAGCGGCACAAAAACAAGUGUUAAGAUUUCCUGACUUCCUUGAAUGCAUCAGAUUAAACCAUCAUUUGAUAAGAAACAUUUUAAAAGAUGUUUUCUGUCACUUUUUGACGUUAUUUGCAGAAAUUUAAAACCUAAUCUAAGAGAUUCAGUUUGUUUUCCAGGUCCAUGCUGCUGUAGUAAUCCUCUGUGUGACUUACUGUUUACACCAAAUCUAAGACUCACCACAAACAGAUGAACAGGUGCUGCUCUGAGGGAUGUAAUGACCCAAGAAAUGACAGCUGUAAUUUUGCUGACAAACCUUGCUUCGCUGUCAACAAUGCAGGUCAGGGAAAAGGAUGUCUUGGCUUGAAGUUGUGUUUGGCUAACCGCUGGGAAUACUCGUGUGCUCAGAAGGUUCAGUGUCAUCUCAUAGAGGCGUAUAUCAUUGUCGAACGAUAGUGGAUGGAUUUAAAGUUUGUUCCCCUUCUGGUCUGAUGAGACAAAGCUCAGCGCUGGGGUCCAAACAUGAUGGAGCUGCUGAGGGAUUUAUGUAAGGUGUUCAAGAUGAAACAGAAACAAAAGGAAGUGAUUUUUAAUCUCCACAUGUGCAUUUUGAAUCAACUAAGUGCUGCUCAGGUGUGACACUGACGGCACAUUCCUCUCCUUCCUCCAGAUUUUUGCAGAUAAAGAAAAAAAGCACCAUUGCAGCGCUGGUGUGUUCCUCAUUAAUGCUCUCUCAGGCUUCUGUGUGUACGUUCAACAACAACAACUAUAUACAUCUGUAGCCUGAAGCGCUGCAUUUUAGGUCAGUGUCGCCUUGUUUUUCUGUUUCUGCAGUGCCUCACUCUGCACAGGAACAGAAAGCACCACCUUCUACUUCAAGCUCUUAUUUUGAUCAGUGAUAGAAACGAUGAUUGAAAGUCUUAAGAGGUUAAAAAAGCAGAAAAAGCAGCAGAUUGGUGUUAGUGUUUCCUGAAGUGCAUGACUUUGUAAUCUUUAACUAGAGCUGUGAGAAAAGUGGGCAGCUAUAUAUGAUGAAAUAUGUUGUCUGGUGUAUCUGCAGUAAAAUCAGUGCUGAUCUCUUUUAGUGGUAAAGGAUCAGCUGAUAUAUUUCACAUCUGAUCCUGAUUAUUCAUCCUCAAAGGGUGGCAGCAUCAGAUAGUCUGAGUCAGAAAAUUAAUCUUAAUCCUGACGAUAUUUCCAUCAAAGUGACAAAUGUCUCAGUCUUUUAAACUCAAAUUUAGAUUCAAACAAACUGACGAGUAAAAAGACAAAGUGACGACCACCAAGACCCAUCAUUUGACCAACGUCAGGCCAAGGAGUAUUGAUAAUUCUUUUAAUAACCAAUUAGUAAUUCUGAUACUAAACAGCAGUGACGACUUUAACUGAGUUAAACAAGCAAAAGUUAAACGCGUGGAGUAAAACAAAGAUGUUUCUUUUGUUUGUCCAAAAUUAAGCACCAUUUUACCGCUACAUGGAUCUGUUUUUUCUUGGUCUGAGGACAGAGUGAUGUUUUUAAUCCAAUAAAAUAAUCAUAAGAACUGCUCAUAACCUUCUCUAAUGCUUCAGUCCAGAGAAAAUAAACUUUAAUUGGACUUUUAAACAUAUAUUUUCAGAUGUUUGAUAUUGUCUUAGAAUAAGAAGUGAAACAAAAAAAACAAGACAUUUAUUGUUCAACAAAAAAAGAAUCACUACUUCGAGAAACAAAAGGUUUAAAAGCUUUUAGCAAUCCUACAAUACAACACUUAAGCUACGUUCACACUGCAGGUUAUGAUGCACAAUUUGGAUUUUUUGUUAAAUCCGAUCUUUUUGUGCAGUCGUUCACAUUACAACGACGAAUGCGGCAUCUAAUGGGAAUGGAAUGCGUUUGUGAAGUCACCUGCAUGCGCACAAAGCAUGUUGACUGGCUGUUCUCCGUUCCCUCGUCCGCCGUUGCUUUCCGCGCCUGUUUGUGUUGUUGAACAAUGGUGACGUUUGUCGCACAUUGAUGACGUAUAGGUCAGAUGAACGCGAUCUGAGCGUCCACACUGCAGUCACAUCGGAUACAUAUCCAAUAUAUAUCCACAUACAAAAGAGGCCUGGGUCAGAUUUGAAAAGAAUCAGAAUUGCACUGUUACAUGAAAAAUCAAAUAUGUGUCACAGAUGAUUAAAAAUCGGAAUUGACCUGCAGUGUGAACGUAAACUCAGAUGUUUCAGAAAAGGCAGAGAUAAAGAGGAGGGCUGCAGAUGGUACAAAAUGAGAUUACAGAAAAAACAGAAUCACUUUGCCUGUGUUAAUCUCACCUGGGCAGGUGAAAUCUCACAUGAAGCCUGUUUAAAAAAGCCAAACUACACAACAACAACAAGGAUGAGCACAAAAAUGAAAACACUAAGGAUCAAAUGUUUAAAACACAGUUUAAGACUGAAUCCGUUCAGACAUUUACAGCCAACUUUCCCAUCACAGUGGUCUGCCUCGCGCUGAAGUUCUGUCCCGCCCUGUUCUGGUCAGUAACGUUUUUCUAAAAUUGACAGAAGAACAAAAGCCAUGUGUUUCCGGUUUGGAGCUGGAAACAAACCAGUGACAGCUCAGAGAGGCCUGCGUUGGUGUGUUAUCAAAAGAGAGCAGCUGUCAGUCAUGCGCUGGAGAUGACGUCCGCUUAUUGUAGUUUGAUGAAGCAUCGCUGUGGGCUGCAUCUGUGGGUGUGUUGUGUUUUAUGACUAAGGAAACUAAGAACAAAGGAGUCCUGAUUGACUGAAAAUCAAUAUCAUCAUUUCACACAACUUAUGUAUUAAUUAGUGACAAAAUAAACCAUCAUCAGGGCUGCUGAGGGACGUGAACUCUGCUUUAUGCCCCGAAUGUAUGAAAACAUCAUGUUUAACCUGAAAUCAGUCAUAUUUAAACACCCUCAUCCGUCUAAAUUCUGUUUUCCAAAAUAUUGCUGCACUCUUGCUCAGAUCUUCCUCAUGCUCUCGCAGUGCUGAUGGUUUUCCCAAAUGAAAAGACAUUUCUCAGCUCAUUGACAGCGUCUCUCUGUUUGUUUGUGUUUCUGUCUGUUACAAAUUGACGCUUUAACCUUUUAAUUAGAUCAAAGUGAGGAGUGGGAGAGAUGUGCAGGGAGGUGUCACUACUGCGGCUGAAGCAGUGAAUAGAUUUGGCGUUCAGCAGAAAAUUGAGUCUAAUUUUAAUAAUUGAUGGAUCGUCAGUGUCGUUUAUUGACUGAAAGCACCAAACGCCGGCUUGUUUUGGCCUCGCACUCUUGCUGACCUGCAGCAGCCCAUCAAUACCAUCGUUAUUGAUCGACUUAUGAAAGGUUUAGCCACAAAAGUGUCAAAUAAUAAAGAAAGACAUCAGUAAUAACAUUGAGCUCCCAAUCUUGAUAUUUGAUGUACUUGUUUAUUUGACAGGGACAGAUGCACCAGACAUUGCUUUAUAAUGUAUACAAGGUAGAUGCCAUGCACGCAGGUUUCCAGUCAACUGGUCCCUGGUUAUGUCGGAAAUCUUCACAGGAUCUUAAGCAUAAAAAGCAUCAAAUAUUCUAUGUAGCGUGAUUGAUAUCUCUGUUUUAAAAUGGUUGUUUUUGCUACUUCAGAUGUGUGCUAACAUGUUCACGAGAGAUUAAAUGAUAACGAUAUAUAUCAAAAAAUUAUUUCUCUAUAAUAUCAAUAUAAAACAUGCAGGGUUUCCUCUACAUGUAAUUGAUCGUGGGGCGCCGCCACGGCUAAAUAAAAGCGGCCACAUCUAAAAAAAAAAAAAAAAGUUUUUAUCUCAGAUAGUUCUACCUCAGUGUUUCCCCUACAGUCAUUCAGCAGCGCCACUACUAAAAGAGACACAAAGACCUCAUAGAUGCAGUAGCUUAUUGUAUUGUAAAAGACAUGCUACCAAUAAACACUCUUCAGUUCCUUUUUUUAUUUCGUGAUAUAUCGAUAGAAUAGAAUAGAAUAGAAUAUUCCUUUAUUGAUCCCCCAUGGGGGAAAUUUUUUUGUCACAGCAGCAUCACAGACAAGACAAAAGUGCAAAAAUGCAGUUAUAACAAUAAGGGUCCUAAUAUUAAUAAUUUAAAUAAAUGUAAUAAUUAAGAAAAAAAAUUUAAGAAAAAAUAUCGACUGAUAUGAAAAAAAAAAGUAUCGUGAUAAACUUUUUCCCAUAUCGCCCAGCCCUAGAAGGCAUGUCAGAAGUCAGAGAAAUAAUCAGACCCAUGGGUUGUAUACUUGGUAAAACUGUGAUGUAGAAAUGAUGAUUUUCACUGAAUUGAAAGAGAAAACACAAACAUGCAAAUAAAAACAAAAAGGAAGAAUACCUAGAGAGUGAAGCAGAAGCUUAAGAAUAAUCUAUAUCAUGUUGAAAAUCUACUUAAGGCCCAUGGACGGACAUAUCCUCCUCGUCAGUAAUGUCUGAAAAUAAGUCCAGAAGUUUCGAAGCAAAACUUGAAGUUAUUUAGUGGUUAAGACCUCCUCAAUCUGAGGUUAUUUUGAUUUUUUGUGUAGUACAUUGUUCCAAAGUCAUCAUAACUUUAUGAUUUUAGACAAAAUCAGACUCAAGAAAGUGUCGUCAUUUUCCAAAAUUCACUGACAUUUUCCGUAGUCCACUGUGAGACACUUGGCUACUACUAUAACUGUGUAUUUACGUGUGUGUGUGUGUUGUCUUGCAGCAGACUCCAGAGUUGUGGACCUAGCCCAGGCCUCUGCAUGUGAGGGUGACAGUUCAAGGUCCCCGCUUCACAUGACGCAGUCCUUUAUUUGUGCAUGUGUGUGUGUGCGUAUGGCGCGCCUGCUGGAGGUAGAUUGGGUUACCAUGGUGGCCUAGUGGGUGGACUGUCUGCUGAUGAUGAUGCGAUAAGAACGAGAGGGGGAGAGAUCGAAUAAAGCGAGAUGUUGAGGAGGAAGGCAGCAGAGGACAAACGAUCAGAAUUCAAACUAAGAUGAAAAUAAGUCAAGGACAGACAGACGCUGGAACAGCCCGAAUAAGAAGUUUGACAUCCUGAAAGUUUGGAGAAAACACCUGGAGCUCUCUCUGCUGAUUGGCUGCAGUGUUGGUGAUAAAGCCCGCCUCCUCCGUGUAAACAGAUGGGACGAAUUUAGUUCUUAUUAUGCUGAUUCUUAAGUUUCUAAAAAUCAUAGUUUUGAUUGGUUAUUGGAUUUUGUUCAAGGAGGUUUGAUUGUCAUGAUUGACAGCUGUGUUGACGAAUGACACCCCUGCAGCUGUCUGGAUUAGUACAGUAACACAAUUUAACUCUGACUCUGAGUCUCUGCUUCAAACUACUGUGUUGGUUCACAUCCUGGGCCGUGACAGGGAGUUUUUCUUGCAGCAGAUUAAUCAACUUUAAAAUGUUGUUUUCUUGGACAUCUAUCCUGAGUAUAUCUGUGAUUUCUCGGAUAUCUAUCCUAAGUAUAUCUGUGAUUUCUCGGAUAUCUUUCCUGAGUAUUUCUGUGAUUUCUUGGACAUCUAUCCUGGGUAUAUCUGUGAUUUCUCUGACAUCUAUCCUGGGUAUAUCUGUGAUUCGGGUUGCUGCAGAGAAAUAUGAACAAACAGAUUAGAUUUGAACAGAGAGUCUGUUUGUUUCCCCUGAAGAUCUCCCAGGCCUGUAUUGUUGUUUUGGAGAAAACCAGAAGCAUCCGGGAUGAUGUGUUCACAGCAGGGACAUCACAGGUUUAGGUUGAACCUGCUAAAAUGAGUUUUCAGAGUUUUUUGGUCCUCAGCGGGCGGAAAAACUCCAAUCUGCACUCGACCACUAUCGAUUCUUUCUCAGCUGUGUGCCAUUAGAAGAGCCCAGAGUCAGAGAGCAGGAGGAGAAGGAGCAGAGUAAUUAGGCUGUCAAUACACACCGCUAUCACACACACACACUUACAUCACAUGCACACACGCAAACAACACCGCACACACAUCACAGACACAAACAUAUGCACUCAUCCUUGCAGGUAUCAUUAGCCCACUUCUCACAUCUGACGCUCCAAAUCCAAGAUGGCCGUCUCCGAGCCUUCUCCUGGAGUACCGUUGCUAGGCAACUCCCUCCCUGCUCUGCUGCGCUGCAAGUGGAAGAUGGCGUCUCCCCAUGGAUGGUGUGUGUGUGUGUGUGUUUCGAGUGUAAGAGAGUGUGUGUGUGUGUGAAAGAGAGAGAGAGAGAGAGAGAACAGGCAGGAAUGUUGUUAUGCUGCGGUUGAUCAGAGAAAGGCCUCACUCAUAUUCAACACAGACACACACACAGACACACACACACACACACACACACACACACACACACACACACACACAGCAGAAGCAGCACAGAUGAGCAGAUUGGACCCAGAUGUUCUGGCCGUCCUCCACAGUUCGACUGUGAAAUACAAAGUCUGUUCAUUCUCACCUUAUUAGCAUAAAAAUACACCUCUAUCUAUCUAUCUAUCUAUCUAUCUAUCUAUCUAUCUAUCUAUCUAUCUAUCUAUCUAUCUAUCUAUCUAUCUAUCUAUCUAUCUAUCUAUCUAUCUAUCUAUCUAUCUAUCUUCAUUCUUUACCUUUCUUCAUCUCUUUUUCCCAUCAUUCUUUUAUCUUUAAAUUAGUAUUUCAUCCCUCUGUUCUUCCAUUGCUACUUUUCUCAAUCCUUUCUUCUUUUCCUUCCUUCAACCUCCAUUUCUUCCCUCAUUUCCUGUCCCUUUAAUUCUUCCUUACUUCCCUCCUUCAGUUCCUUUUUCCCUUCCAUUUUUCCUUCUCCACCCUUCUUCCUAACAACUUCUUCCUUUCCUUCAUAUCCUUGUCCCAUCUUUCCUUUACUCAAUUAAUCCUUCAUUUCCUUGUUCCAUCCUUUCUGUUCCUUUCCUUGUUCCACUCUUCUUCUCCCUUUCCUUCCUUUCCUUGUUCCAUCCUUCCUUUCCUCAAUCGUUCCUUUCCUUGUUCCAUUCUUCCUUUACUCCAUCAGUUCUUGUCUUCCUUCAUCACUUCUUUUCUGCCACCUUUCUUCUUUGCCUCCUUCCCUCUUGAUGCUUCUUCCGUCCUUCUUUUCCUUCCUUCCUUUCCUUCCUCUCCUUCCUUCCUCUUCCUUGUCUGUCUGUUAAAGGCUCAUGAAAUCCUCCUCACAUAGUGGACACUCCUUUUUUCUCACCGUUUUCCUCCCUCUUUCCUCCUCUCCUCUCCUCUCUGCAGCAGGCCUGACUCUAUAACGUCCCUCUUUUUAUUUGUAUUAUUUCUUGCGCCGCGCUGUUGUGCAUGAUUGAGUUUUGCAGAAAUAGCCAGACUGUGGAAAAUGAAUUGGUAACGGAGCGUGCUCGGUGGAGAUUAGUGAGUUGAUUUGUAGUCCGGAGACUUCCCCAAAAAUAUUUUCUUUAUGAAGCUCAGAAAAAUGCUCUUCCUCUUUUCAGAGUCGACUCUCAUUUUGUUGUAAAUAUUGGUUUACAGCCAUAUCUAAUUAUAUAUGCAGAGCUGGCUGCGCUCCCUGGAGCUGUGCCCCCCCCUGCACCAAAACAACAAUCUGUGUGCAGACAGCUGAGUUCAUCUUUUGGAAAACAGAGUAUUUGAGUCAGCGCUCAUGUGUGAUAAUUCUUCUAAUGUGGGAUGAAACAACAGAUUCAGACGAUGCACAACACUUUCAAACAAAUAAAACAGGUGACACAAGACGCUUCAGAAAAUCUGAUGGAUGCUGGAAAAGAGUCUGCAGAUUUCUUCACGUAGGUGGAUCCUGUUUAUGGAUUGUGUUUAGAUUUUUUUUGUGCAGCAUGGCUUUAGUAAGUAGGACUGGAAAAAGAUGAGAUUAUUAUUCCCAAAAGGGCAAAAAAAAAGUCAGGUUGGCAGUGUUAUGAUGACGCGGCACAUAGAGAGAUUUUUAAACCAGGAAUAUAAAAGGGGAGGAGUUUGGUUCAUACUUCUGUUUUAAGUCUCAGUUCGGAUCAUUUUCAGUACAGUAAGGGAAACCUACUGUUACAUAGCUCUUGGUCUCUCUAGAUGUCCAUCUGUCUGGUAUCAGAUCUACAGCAGAUAGCUCAGACAAGUUGAGCACAGCAGCAGCUCAAGAUUAUUCAUAAAUGGCUGGUAUGACUUUAUUGAUAUGAGGGAGUUUUAUAUCAGGGCUUUAUCACCUUUUCAGAGGAGGUAUUGUGCAUUUUAUCAAGACUCUAUCCUUCCCCCAUCAUUUAUGGUCAAUCAGUUUUACCUGCUCUGCUGUGGAUGUCACCUCACACACUGUUAGAGUCAGGCCGUUCAGAUUUGCUAGAAGCUCAAAUGAACCUAUAAGGAGUAGGGCCCGACCGAUAUGGAUAUUUUGGGCCCGAAAAAAAUCCUAUUACCGAUUAAUCAUACGGUUUUUAAAAAUUUCGGUCAGACCAGAAAAAGCGUUUUCAACUACUAUUGUCAUGAGGUCGCUGCGCCAUCUACAGGAUAAGUCGGGGAACUUUUCAAAUGGCGGAACAUUUUUUAAGUGAAACCGAAUCUUAUUCUCCAUAUUUUAUUUCUGAAAAUAUCUGCAAAAAUCGUCGAGUUUUGGCCGAUAAGCGAUUAGUCUCAUACGUGCCAAAAUUGGCAAAUUUAAUCAGCUCGCCGAUAAAUCGGUCGGGCACUAGUAAGGAGAGCCUUCCACGCUGACGCAGCAUUUUAGUGAGUCUCAUUAAGAUCUCGUGUGAUCGCCCAGCAAACUGUUUAGAGCAGUUUACAUCUAUUUUCUAGGAUUAUGUCAACAUACGUUUACCUCGUGAUUUGAACAUUUACAUACAUCUUGUACAGACGCCAAACUUUGUAACUUUGCAUUUUUUUGUUGUAAAUGUGGAAAAGCAUAAUACCCUCCUCUUAACAUGAUAAAAUCCUGUGUUCUCAACAACUGAAUACAGUCGUAACAGAUCCACUGCUAUAAAAACGCCAAAAGCAUGAUCACUGUAGCCUGAGUCUUUUCUCCUCGUGGCGGUAAUGUUUACGUUGAGCGUGUUCACAAGUUGGAAGUGUUGGCAGGAAUGUACCUGACGGCUGCUGAACACUGUCUUCAAACUGCUUUGGUCUUGUCCUCUUGGGAAAUAUUCACACUAUGGGGAUCAGAAACAGAAAGAAAUAGCCGAAUAUUUGAUGUUAAACAUUUGUAUGCAUUAGGAAGUAAUUGUAGAGUUGUAUUUUGGCUCUUUAUUCCAGAAAAAAUUUACUAGUUUGGCUUUGAGAUAAAAUCGAUGUGAUUGAGAGAUGUAAUAAUAACAACAACAAAACGAUGAUCACAUUUAAACGAGAAUAACAAUGAUAAUCAUAACACCAUCUUGACUAUGGAAGCUGUUUCUCAUCCUGAAGUUUUACAGCGCUUCAUAAAAGCUGCAAAACCAAACAAGAGGGUCAUAAAAAGAGGCAAAAAGAUUCAUCUGAGAUUAAAAAACCACUGAGUGAGAUGAGGAACGGCUCUCAGAUGAAAGUAUUUUUAAGAAGUUAAGCUGGUCCAAUGCUCUCUCUUUACUCACUGUCAAUAAAUCCCACUGAGCCCACAGUGGGUAAAUCUUCUAACAGGUGUUGUUUGAGUAUUUAAAGCCUGAAGUCUUCUGUCUUCUCUGCGCCGUAGAGCUCCACGUUUUCCAAAACUAAUAAAUAACUCUCUCAGGUCCUACACUGUUGCACAGGUUCAUGUAUCGGCAUUAAAACACUCUCACUGCAGUGUAUAUAUAAACUCCAUCCCACAUACAUCCUCCUGCUGCCCCAAAUACUCACCAGAGCACCAAAUGUGGAUUAAACCAACGCUGAAAAUAGUCCCCAACACAUGCACCGUUGCCUCUUCAGUGAGCAGCUGAUUUAAGGAAUUACUGAGCUUUUACAAAUACCACACUGAGUGAUUCGUACCUUUUGUACAGACUCGUUUUUUUUUACAAGAUCAGACAUAAAGGGAUUCAGCGACAUGUUAAGCACUUCCUGACAAAAGGCACAAACAGUCGUUAAAACGUAGAUUUGGAUCUCAUCCGUGGGGUUUGUCAGUUGUUUUCUUCGGAAUAAUAAUUCUCACAGUGUGAUAAAACAAUGCACAUCUGUCAGCUGUCUUCCUCGUAGCUUAUUAUCACACCAGCGUGCCCACUCGUCUUUUGCUGAAUUUCUUCCCCUGUUGUGUCUGAUUUGAUCCCCCGUGGUUGGCGAGUCAGACGUCUUUAUGGCUUCAAAUAAUGAUCGAUAAUUAGAAAACUGGUGUCAGGCAGUUUAGGAGAAUUCAGUGCGGGCAAACAAGGACUUGUCGGCUAACAUUUGCUCGGCUGUGGUGCUGUGAUUGGCAGGUGGUGUUUGUGAUUGAGAGGGGAGGGGGCAGCAGUGGUCGCCAAGGCAGCAAAGCCCCCCCUCAGGGAUUGUAAUGAGCUUGUCCAUGACUGCUCCUCCACACUGACCGCUCUGCUUGUCUCUGCUGUAGCACCGUGUUGUUCACAGUCCGACUAUCAUAUCAAGAAGUGAGAUUGGAGCCGAGACAUCGAGGUGAGGAUCAUUUGAGGAGGUUGCAUGCUUAAUUAAGUUUCAGUUAAGUUAAACAGGGGUUAGAAAAUGCAUUACAACUCUUGUAUUCGGUUUUCUUCUUUUUAUUGUUUUAGAGAAGCAGAAAAAAUGUGGUUGUACACCGAUCAGCAGCUGUAAAAGCGUUUUAUUCUGGUCUGUAAUGAAGGAUUAGAAUCUGCCCACGAUCUGCAAAUCCUGAGAGGUUGUUGUUUUGGCACACUCUGUUGUCAUCCAUGUCAGCUGUGCUCUCAUUCGUAAACACUUACUGAUGUUGUUUAUGAUGUUAAAUGAAUCCACAGACUUAUGAAGCUGCUGAGUAUGAAGAGAACAGACCUACAUUUGAAGAGUUUUCCUCUAAGUUUGAAGAGUUUUGUGAUAAGAACGGUGUGAGUAUGAACCGAGCUGCAGAGCCGCUCUCUGUCUUUACAUAAACUGCACUGCAAAGAUGGUAAACGCAAGGACAGAGUCUCACUCUGACUAAAGAGAAGCACUCUGCUGACUCGUCUUUGUUCAUCAUUUGAACAUAUUUGGGUAUUUUGAGUAUGAGCGAUUACAGUAGAUUCAGCCUGUCAGGAUACCAAACUGUAGGGUCAUGUAAAAAUUUAAAUAUAGAAGAUAUAAAACAUGUAGAAAUAAAUAAACAAAUAUAUAAAAUAUAAAAAUAUAGUGAUAAAUAAUUCAAAAUAUAGAAAAUAUAAAACAUAUAGAAAUAGAUAAAUAGAAAUUUAUAAAAAAUAUAGAAAUAAAUAAAAAAUAUAGAAAAAUAUAGAAAUAAAUUAAUAAGAACAUAGAAAAUAUAAAAUGAAGAAAUAAAUAAAAAAAAUUUAGAAAAUAUAUAAAUUUUGUGAUAAAUAAAUAAAAAUAUAUAAAAUAUAUAUAAAAAAAUAAAAUAUAGAAAUAAAUAAAUAAAAUAUAGAAAAAGUAAAAUAUAUAGAAAUAAAUAAAAAAUAUAGAAAAAUAUAGAAAUAUAAAAAACAUAGAAAUUAGUCAAUCAGUCUUUAUUUUUAUAGCACUUUUUAUACACAACCAUGUAGUGCAAAGAGUUUUACACAGGAAAAAGGAAGAUUAGAAACAAAGAAUACCCAAAUCUACCCCAGCCCAACCCCUCAUUCCCACACCAUGAUCUAAAUAAAUAAAAAACAUAAAAAAAUAUAGAAAAAAAUAAAUAAAAUAUAAAAAAUUGAGAAAUUGAUGAAUUAAAAUAUAUAAAAUAUUCUGGACAUGAGAAUAAUGCCAGCCUUGGCCCUUUAUAUUUGGCCCUUUACCUUGUCUUUCGGUUACAUGGUGACCCUCACUCCAAGUCUGUAGUUGAGUUUGCUUGUCUGCUCAAAGUCUGUUUUAUCUAGUGCAGAGGAGAAAGCAUGAAAUCUGUGAGUUUGUGUUGAGAGUUGUUUGCGUUGUUCAGUGAUCCAGGGUUCUUGGUGCUCAGGUUGAAUAUAAAGGUGAAGUUCUGAUGGGAGCUGCUGCAGGUGGACGUCGACUAACCCUUUCCCUCACUCCUCAUUAACACGUGUCUUCAUCCUUUUUGUCAAACUCAUCAUUUCCAUCGUUUUUCAUCGCGUCAUUUUUUUCUGUUGUUUCAGUUCUGUUUCACAUUUUAUCUUUUAACGGUACAGAUGGAAACAUUAAAAGACUGGGAGAGACAGAAAAAGGUUGGCUGACAGGAGACGAGUGUCUCAAACUGAGGUUCAUGUGCUUUACAUACGGUGACAGUCCAACAAGCCACCAGCACUGUCCUCACAAUAAGAGAUUUGAUCAACCUUAAAAGCUGUUUUCAUGAGUAAUUUUCUGAGUAAAUACUAAAAUCAGCCCACACCGCUGUCGCUGGCUCUCUCACUCUCUAUCUAUUAUCUCUAUCUGUUUGCAGGGGACAUCACUCAGAAGGGUUAUGAGAAGAAGAGGCAAAAGCUGAUCAGGGCAUAUGUUCCACAUGCUGGAGGUAAUUUAGCAACCUCUGACCUCCCCACACACAGCCCCUCCCCUUUCUGCUAAAAUAUUCCCAUAACACCACGAGGAGAUCGAUGUGGUAUCAUGACGAAUACAGUACAAUGAUACUCUCCUCAAUCGAUUCAGUCUUCAGCCACCGCCAUUAGUGAAUGUAGGUUAAGACUCCCUCGAGCUCAGCUUGGGCCUGCUCCUCUGUAUCUCAGUCGCUCUCCGCCUCUGCACUCACACACACACACACACACACACACACACACACGCCUCACUGCCACUAAAACACACUCCCACCCCUCACACUUUCUGGGUUAUUCUCCAUCACAGGGAUGGGUCAUAAAUUACUCAGGGACACUCUGUCGGAGGGCACCAACACACCUGCCACAUUAUUCGACUUUGAUUUCAUGUUGUUUUUUAAUUCUUUUGUUUUAUGAAGUCAGAAAAAUAUGAUUUUUCUGCCGUUCCAAUUCAUCUCCAUGUUUGUUUUUCCUUUUUUGCACUCUUCUUAUUGCUUUUGUGAAACCUGUAUGUGCAUAUCUGUGUGUGUGUGUGUGUGUGCGUGUGUCUGUAUAUAUAUGUGUGUCUGUCUGCCUGCCUGCUUGCCUGCCUGCUUGCCUCUGUAGGUAUGGAAGGGCCCAUGUCCCAUCGGGCCCCGCUCGGCCCUCCCUCUGCUGCCCGUUUCCACCGGCGGCGGACCUCCGGGACCCGAGACGAGCGCUACAGAUCAGGUACAGAAACUGAACCUGCACAACCAGACACAGACACGUGGAGUAUGAGAUGGAGAGGGACCUGGUCCUCUGUAGAAACAAAAGCUUCAGUCCAAGUUAGAAUGAAACUGUUUUUAUAUUCAGGUAGUAAAAUUAUUGUGAUAAACUUUUUCCCAUAUCGCUCAGCCCUAUAUUCGGGUAACUGUGCACUAAUUCAAACAUCCCUAUGAGUAAAAAACUUUAUUUCCACCGAUUUCCUUAUGAAUUCCUCCAAAAACAAUGGGCUGUGCAUUUAAUGUAUGUAAAUGUCUUGACUUUCACAGCCUGGUCAUAAUGACCUUUAGGGCCUGUGUCCAGUAGCAGCGAUCUUUUGAGCCGGCAGCACUAAUAACUUUAAAUUUAGAAAGCACAUUUUGCUGGUGAAUCAUGUCCUGAGGAAGCAGCAGUUCUUGAAGUGGAAACUACCCUUAAAAAUGCUAGGAGGUUUCAUUCCUAAGCUGUUGUGGUUGAAAAAGUGGAUAUUAGAGUUCCCUCCCCUUUCUGAUUUUAAUGAGGUGGAGCUACAGUAACGAGCACAGCAUCGUCUUAAAGCUGAGUUAUUUUCAGCUGUGAUUGACGUGACAACAAAGAGGAGACACUGAGGUGUUCCUGCUCAGGAUUAAACUGCAUUGGUCUAAGGUAGAACAGAGCUGUUCCAGUAGUAAAGGAAAGUGAACACAGGCCCUAAAACAAAUGUUCUCUGAGCUGCUGCCAGUAAAAGGAAAAUGGACACAGGCCCUAAAACAAAUGUUCUCUGCAGUUAAACCCCUCCAUGUUUGUUUAAGGUCUCAACACCAUGAAAAUAAGUGAGGUUUUCUCCUCCUCUGUCCCAAAAAUCAAUGUGUUAAUAUGGCCAGAUGUCUUUUAUAUAUGAGGACCUAACAGAGUGAAGCGUUUCCAUGAUGUUAGGGAAAUAUUUGAGUGACAGUUUUAAUAAGUGGCAAAACUGAUGGAAGCUGCAGAAACAGGCCAGAACUUUAUGAGACUUCAGCUGGUUCUGGAGAGGUCCUUCAGCUGUUCCAUGUUUAAACUUUUGAACCCGGUUAAGACGAGUCACAUUUUUGCGUUUUCUAAUAUUCAGCACUGUUUUUUUUACGCAGUUGCAGUCUCUGAGGUGUGUGGCACAUGAUAUUUGGCCGGUUUUCAUUCAGGUUUAGUUCUGCUUCCAGUCUGUUGAUUCAAAGAGUUCAGAACAAAAACACACAAUCAGUGCGGCUGUAACUGGAGCCAGGAAAUAUUCAGUCUGUCCCUUUGUGUGAAUGAAUCCCUCUGUUUCGCUCUCCAUCAGACGUCCACACUGAGGCGGUGCAAGCCGUGCUGGCUCGACAUGUGGAGAGGAAGGUGGCCGUGCCGAUGCCUUCAAAGAGACGUUCCCUGGUGGUGCAGACCUCCAUGGAUGCUUACACGCCUCCAGGUGACGAGACACAUACCAUAAACACACACACACACACACACACACACACACACACACACACACACACACACACACACACAUGCACUCCUCCCCCUCGUCUCAUACAAAAACACACUCAUCGUCAUGCUCCUGUGUUUUUCAAAACUGAGCUACUCUGGGGUCUAAAAAGGUACUUCAAGUUUUGGACUUGUUCCAGUAGACUGCUUUAGCUGGAGCUGCUGAAUGCAACAAAAUCCAGGCGAGGAAAGUGUGCCUGCUAAAAGUCCACUAACUUUCUAACAACUGACAACUGACAGGCCAAGAAGGGCCUGAAAACAUAGAAGUGGAUCCCCUCAGAUAUUUCAUCGUUGUCCUCAAAUCCACCAGACUCUAACAGCAACUUUAUCCCACAAAACACAGGAUUCACUUUUUUACUCUAACCUUUAUUUUUAAUCAUUUUUGUGUCAUUAACUGACUUUGGUAACUUUUAGGGUCCUUUUUCAAGUCUGAUCUCCUUCAGUUUGACAGAUGUCAAAGACACACUAAUCUGUGGACUCUAGAUGUCUUAUUUAAAAGCUGUUGAAGGGCACAGGAGUAAUAGUUUCAGGUUUAAAAAAGCCUCAGUUCUUGGUUUUACUUCAGUCAGGAUUUCUGGCAAAAUUAUAAGGAUGAGGACACGAGUUGAGAGCACUUAAAUCAAAAUGUUAACUGCAUGCUUUCUUUACGGGAACACUCAAAACUGCAAUCCAAGCCCAUGUUGAAAAAAGCUUUGAAAAAAGACAUUUUUUGUGUGUUUUGUCUUAAAAGUUGAGGUAUUUUGUUAAGUAGCUGUAUCUUACCCAGAAGAUGGCGCUAAAAUCCAGCUAAGGCUUCAUCACAUUAAUACGCAACAAUGACGACUUGUGCCGGCACAAUCAUCAUAACUUUAACUACCCUUCAACUGCAGUAAUUCACUGCAAAUCAAUCAAAAGGAGCAAGAAAAAAAAUCAAAUAGAUCCUUAUAAUUGAAAGGUGAAAAUAGACUGACUGUAGACUCCAAAUUGUGACACAGUUGGUGCUAGAAAGGUCUACACAGCUGCACAUAAUCUGUACAUUGUGGACUUGACAGAACUUGAACUGUCUCUUAGGUGGUUAAAUGUGAGGGAGACACCUGAUCGACUCUGUAAAUUCAGACUCUGCACACUUAUUUCUGUUUUUUAAAAUGUGUUUUAAAUGAAAAUGAGAUUUUUAUAAUGACAAAUAUCUACAGAAAAACCUCCUUUGAACAUAGACAACAUGGUGCACUUGAUAUUACAGGUUACUUGGUAUUUGAAAUGGACACUUUGAGUUAGUUUAUUCCAGCUCGCCUUGCAGCCUCUGGUUUUUAGUGUCUGCAGGAGCAUUUCCAAAACUUGUUGUCAAUCUGUGAGGAAAUGAGAUGAUUCUGCUCUGAAAAGGAUCUUCAUGUUUGGAGGCGAAAACUCUCGAACUUCACAUCACUGAAAUUUCCUUUGACUUUGAAUCAGUCGGCCGAUUUAAAAAAGGAAGCUUGAACACUGGAAAAGGCCCCCCUCACACACACACACACACACGCACGCACACACACACACACACACUCUGGUUAUCUGCAUGAACUGGGUUAUCCUAAGCCUAAAAUUUGCCCCUGGAGAGGCUGCCCUGUGCCCAGACAGGAUUAGUUUGUAAUGCUGCGUCUCUGCUCCUCAGAUGGAUUUUAACUCUGACACAGAAACACACUCGCUUCACCAAAAACUGCAAACACGCACAUUUCCUGAAGCGUGCUCACUACUGACAGAUUUACAGUAAAAACAAACCGCAGACAGCCAGUCAGCUACUGUAAAUGUGUCCUGUCAUGAAAAACGAGAGAAAAACUGAUUAUGACUUUUGUUGGAGUGUUUCGGUUCAUUCUGUAACCACGGCGAGCCGCUGAAACACUGAAUCUGACCUUUACCUCAAACAUGAGCUCAUCUGAUUGAACAAAACCCGGGCUGAAAACAUAAUUUGGGUUGUGAUUGAAUUUUAAUGGAGGAAAUGUAAUAACUUGAUUCACCAGCAAUUUCCUUCGUAACCUUUGGUGGAAAGUCUUAAUCGAACCCGAUACCUCAACCGCGCGUCACAUGAACCUGAAAUCAAGUCAGAGACGUUUUCAGAGACAACCGAAAGUUCAGAUUUCUCUUUAAAUAAGUGUUUUUUUUUUUCAGUCAGUCCGUCUGUCUGUGCCCCCUCCCCUACUCCCGCCUCUCUGCGCUCAGAUGAUUACCUCUUAUUUAAAGAAUUAAAUUCAGUCUCUGUCGCUCUGGUUCUGAUGUGCAGCCCGAAGCCAGUCGAAACUUAAUUGCUUCUUGUUGCUCUUCUACAUAAGCUGACUAAUUAUUGGCAUUUUGGCUCUGCCAGCUCGGAGCUCUGCAGUCUGCUCUGCAAAUCAUGAAGCUUUAAUGUUGAAGUGUUAAAAUCAUGAUCUGCUGCUUCACUCUGGAGCGCUGAUAGUUUGGUUUGAGACGAUCAAUCUGAAGCAGAGCAGCGUUUAAAGACCCCUCGUGGUUUUAAAUGAGGGGGUUGUUGUUGUUGUUGUUGUUGUGUAAUGAUGAUGACUGACCUUGUUGAGCUCCAUUCACACUUUCAGCACAGCCUAAAAUCUGACCACUAAAUCCACACGAUAAUUAUAAACUUUGACCAUGAAGAUAAAUAACAAUGGGACCUUUCUCUCGGCGCACGAAAACUGAGUAUUAGGGCCACAAAAAGAGAAAAAUCUGAAGAUUUCAGGAAUAAAGUUGUUGUGUUGCAAGAUUAGAGUCAUUAUUUCACAAGAGUAAUUUUUGCAUAACCACUUUAGAGUCCUGAAACUUCCAACAAUGUGGCGGCUACAGAUGAAGUAUUUUGUUCUGAGUGAAAUGUUAAAAUUCCUCAUUUUAGUCCAGACAGCUGACUGCUCACCGUAAACCAAAACUACCACUUUAUCACCACUUUGCUCUAAUAUAAAACGACUUUCUCUCCACAAAGUUGUGAUUCUACCUCAACUUUAUUCUCAUCACUUUGUUUUUAUAACACAACAGCUUCACUAAUGUUAUAAUAUGACUUUAAAUCAUCUUUAUUCUCGUAAUAUUCAGACUUUACUGAGACUUUAUUAUUGUUAGAUCAUAACUUUUGUCUUGAAACACUUUAAAAAAUGAUCUGUAAUAUCACCUUCAUACUCUGUGACAGUAUACAAGCUUGGUAGGGUUGUGUAGAUGUGUUGAUGUUGUGUUCAUGUGUGUCUUUUCGUUGACCAAUAAUGUCUGACACUGACUCUCACUAGGCCUGUCCCCCCUGUGCUCAGACUCCUCGUCGGGCUCAGAGGAGGAGGCGGGGCCUGGCGACGACAUGUCGGGCAUGGAGCACUGGAUGAGCCGCCCUUCCCAGUUAGGCCCCGCCCACCUGGGCUCCACCUCGUCCUCGUCCUCGUCCACGCAGAGCGGAGGCAGCGGCAACGCAGGGCGGCUGGCCGACUCGCUGGCGCACGCACACAUCUCGCACCUUGCGCACUCACACCUGGCACACACGCACCUGGGCCAGUCACACCACCAGCAGAGCCACCUGUCCCAGUCACACCACGGUAAGACGGCGCCGGUCUCUGAGGGUGUUCAUGUGAGAGUGAAGGUAAAAAGAAGAAGGGGUAACACUUUACAAUAACCAUAACUUAUAAAUGGUAAAUAGAGCAUUUAUAAAUGGUUAUAAAUAGCAUAUAGACCAUUAAUAAAUUGUUAAUUUUACAGUUUUAAAAACCCAACCCUAACCCUAACUUUACAAUAACCAUCUAAGUAAUGUUUAUAGGUGGUUUCAAAAACAAACAUUAACCAUUUUCAAAGUGCUACUGACACAUAUUUUAAUCUAGAUGUUUUACAACCAAUAAAUAUUCCAUUAAUGAUCUAAUGAAAAGUAUUAAUCAUAAUUUUAUUGCUUGUUAAUGGUGAAGUAACUAUUAACUUACAUUAAUAAACGAUUUAUUUGGCAUUUAUAACUGGUCUAUUUUUAUAAUAUAUAUAUAUAUAUAUAUAUGUAUAUAUAUAUAUAUAUAUAUAUAUAUUUAAAUUUUUUAAAAUAAUUGGUCUGUUUUUAAAUGAUGAUUAAAUGUUAAUAAACUAUCUAUUUACCUUUUAUAAAUUAUGGUUAUUGUGAAGUGUUACCGAAGAAGGUUUCUUUUCCUUGAGACUCUGGAGGUUUUUGAUUUUCUGUGUUUAAAAUAAAGUGAAAAAAAGUUUUUCUGGAGAUCAAGAAUGAGACUUCAAAAUAAAGUGAAAGGAGACAAAAGUCUUAAGAAAGUAGUAAAUGAAUGAGAAUGAACCGGUUUUACAUUUUUGAGGAUAGCGAUAGAGUCUUUAUUUUAUGAGGAGUAGGUUUUAAUUCAAUGAAAACAUCUUUUUCUCCUCACAGAUUUACUUCUUUAGUCUGGAAAUCUUUAAUAAUACCUGUAUAACAUGCCUCUGAUGAAGAAGUAUUUUAAUUUUUUUUAUGUAUAUUUCUCUGGAUUUAGUGCGCAGGCAUCACUCCUGUUGGGCUCCUGACACAAACCUCUAGACUACCUGCAUACUGCAGUGUCCAGACCUGAUAGUAACACAUUUUUACUGUUUGUGUGCAGGUAUCGGCCACCUGUCUCUGAAGAGGAAGGGCGCUCUGAGCGUGGCGGAGAACGGAGGAUCUCUGAGACGAUCCUGCGAGUUUGGAUCCGACAUGCUGUGGCCUCCACCGCUGGAAUCAGACGGUACAUCCAACACAAACACGACAAAGCAGACCCGGGCAUUUGAUGUUGUGUCGUGAUUCCCUCUCUGGAUAUUUCUGCACAUCAGCUGACAUUUAAGAUGCUUCGGUUUCCCGUGGAGUCUGAACCCUUUUGUGUGAUAAAUGGGCUUUUUAUUUUAGCGCGAGUAAACAGAGAGAGGGUUGUUUUGAAGCAGGUAUUGUGUUGAAUAGAUGUCCCAUCAUGCCAGACCUCGUUCUCUCCUGUGUGCGCCAGGAAUGUGACCUAAAUUAAAAAGCAACAAAACGAUCAUCAUAACGGGUUCAAUUGUCCGUUAUGGCGACAAAACAAAGCACUCCACAAACAGCGCAGCCAUAGAUCUGAACAAUGAGUCACCGCUGGCUGUUUGUCUGUUUACAUCCCUCUCUCUCUCUCUCUCUCUCUCUCUCUCUUUCUCUUUCUUUUCCUCCACAGAGAACCACUCGGCUCCCCCGGAUGUGACGGGCUACUCAUCGGACUCGUCUCACUCCCACACUGAGCGUCACCACAUGUCCAACAUGGGGACCAUCGCCAGGAACACACAGAAGUACGGCAACGCAGAGCGCAUGGAGACCGGCGAUGGUAAGAGUCGACCUUCCUGACCCCCCCCUGCUGUUGAACUUGUAACUGUUCCCAACUGGAGCCUCUGAAUAAAGAGGAAGAAGACAGUCGGACAAAAAUAGAAACUCCUUAAUCAGGAGAUGAGCUCAAAUUGGACCAUCGCCUCAGAGAACGGACCAAUUACAGCGAGUCUGUUCAUGUCACUCCCCUGGAUGAACAGAUUGGUCUUUUCUUUUUUUGGUUGUUUUGAAGGAAAGCUGAGUGAGCAUCCCUGUUCUUUUUUAGCAUGCUUCACAAUCACGCAGUCACAGCCAAAAGAGUGAGAGCUGAUCACAACAGCCACAGUCUGUGGUCCAUUCAAGCUGAGAAUUGAAUGGCGGGCUUGAGAAACACAUGGGCCUCAUGCAGGAAGUGAUACACCAACACACCUCCUCUCCUCUAUUUUUGUUUGUACCCACGAUUCCUUCCUCUCGUAAUGACAAAGACCGGUCGGUGUUUUCUUCGAUGUUCAACUCCAGAACAAAAAGCAGCUCCUUAUAUUUGUAUUCACAGUCCAGUCAGCGUUCGUCCAAUUCACAGGAAGAUGAGAGCGAACGGAGAGCAUGAAUAAAACUCGGCGUACCCUGAAGGAUGUGCUGUUUCAUAUCAAAGAUCCUGGGAUAUUAGAGGCGUUUUAACUUAAUGGCAGCGGCUCGUUGAGUGAUAUUAGGCUUGAUCCGGUCCUCUUUAUUGCAUUAGCUGUCACGAUGCUGUGUUACUGAUCAGGUUUUGAUGCCUAGCAACAGGUUGAGUGCAGCAGCAGCGGCGGAUCUCUCCACAACACAGAUAUCCUCUGUAAUGGAUGUUUGAACAUUUUAACAGAUAACUGAAUAUAUUAAUAAAUAGAUUUUUUUUUCUCUUCUCUCAAACGACAGAUUUUCUGAGAAUGUGUAGUCAGAUAAAGCAGGGCUUGACACUAACUUUUCUCACAAGGAGCACAUGAAGAACUUUAGGGGCACAAUAAAAAUUGAUCAAAUAAUGUUUGUCUUAUUGGUCGACAUAAGUACUCUUAUUUGAAAUCAAUUUUAAGUCAAUUGGUCACAUGACAUGGAAGCUAUUGAAGGAAAACAGCCUUCUUUGAGAACAUCAACCGGUAAUUUAGUGAUGAUCCCUUAUUCAACACAUGACGUUGACAGCGAGGGUGCCGAAUAGAUUUAACCGCACUGCUGUUGCUAUUCCCGGUUAUGGAGAGUGAGAAGACACUGAUAGAUCCGCGGUGAAUGUCCACCGAAUAUCCAACCUAAAACUAACUUCGUCGCUGUAUUUACAUGAAAAAACACGUGUUGCAGAUUUUUUUUAAGCGCACAUGUGCCCUUAGAUACAUUUUACAAUUCUCACACAUCUAUGUUUAGUCGCAAAUGUGAGUGAAAUGGUCGCACUGUCAAGCCCUGUAAAGGGAGGCUCAAAUGCCCAAAUAUGGAAUUCCUGCAACAAGGGAACAGGAAGAUGUUUCAGACUGUCUGAUUUUCUGCGUACUUGUUCCUGUGGAGAAAAAUAAGCAUGACCACACGGUUGGGUGUGAGUCGGCGGAGGUGUUGCUGGUCGUCAGGGAUACUGGCGUGUCUCCUCCUUCAAUCUGGGAUAUUUAACCUUUCACCAGUCUGUCACCUCUGUAUAAAAACGUCAGAAGAUGUCUCAUAGGAAGUUCUUCACCUCAGUGUCCGUGUGCAUGUAGUUCAGCUGCUUCAUCUCUGCAGCUGUGUGGUGAAUGACACUGGAGUUCACUGAAAAUUGAAGAGGAUAAAACUGAAGAUAAACUUGCUGCAUGAGGCCCAGUGUUUCUAACUCUUAAAGAUCUGAGCUGUCUGAACAUUCGGACCAGAACCUUGGACACUGCAGUCCAACCAAACUUGAGGUUUAAAGAAAAUGCCUUUCAUAAAAUAAUGAAGACUCUCUGUCAAGCCGUCCAGACCUCCACUUGUCCUGUCCACUGUGAAGAAUCAGACUAAGAGCUUGUCCUCACCGCGUCUGUGUGUGUCUGGGGUUCUUACAGGUGUUCCAGUCAGCAGUCGUGUGUCCGCUAAAAUCCAGCAGCUCGUGAACACGCUGAAGCAGCCGCGCAGACCUCCGCUCCGGGAGUUCUUUGUCGAUGACUUUGAUGAACUUCUGGAGGGUUAGAAACCGUCUUUGAUCCUGCAUGACUCGUCUUUCUGUCUGUCUGAGUUCUUUCAGUUCUGCACUGUGUUUUCCAAUCUAUCUCUUCAUACAUGGGAGUCAUGAGUGGUUCUCUGAAAGGUUCCUUCAAUGACCCUGUGAGAGCCGAGCAUGGUCCUUUUAAUACAAGCCUUCAGCUUCACUUCACCUCAUUCUGUUAAUCUCAAAAACAAGGAGACAUACCCGCUGAAGCGAUGAGCUGCUCCUUGGCUCCUUCAACCCCUUAAAGCCAUGAGUUUGUGUUUUUGUGACUGUGGUGCGGUCCAACCUGGAGAGAUGACUUCAUUACAAACUCAAAGUUUUUUUAAUUUCAUUCACUUUUUCACUUUCUUGCUACUUUUUUUAUUUCUGCUGCACUAUAAAUUGAUCUGAAAGCUGUGGUGACUUGACAAAGAAAGAUCUUUAAGGGUGGGUGGAUUUCACUUAUUCAACAGUUUCAGACAGUCUGAAAUGAUUGAUAAUGCCUCUGAAUGACCUGCCAAAGCUAACAUGACCAUUCAGCUUCUUUGCUUUGUUAUUACAGCUGCAGGGAUAAUACCAGAUGAAGUUUUCCAAUAAAACCACCUUUAAAAAAAACGAUACAUUUAAAGUAGAUUUUUUUUUUAAAGACAUUGAUUUAAUGUUCUUGUUUGGAACAGAUUUUACUGAAGUGAGUCCACUGAUUCCUUUGCAUAAUAAACAAAAGUUAACAUCAACACUAAAACUUAUUGACAGUCUGCUCUCACUGCUGCUGCAACAAAGAUAUCCAUAAAAUCCACAGAUUACAUCAAAUCUGCAAACGCUUUAUGAUCCUUCAUGAUCCAUCUUACUGUACGAGGGCAUGGUUUGAAUCCCUCUUUGUUGUACUUUACUCUUCUGACAACUUUUUUUAGCACAGGUAGAAUUAUACAGACCAUUACAGGAAAAAAAACAAGAAGUUAAUAUUAUAUUUACGGUAAAAUACUCAUCACAUCAUAUAAUAACCAGGAACGUGAUGAAGAAACAGAACAAACAACGUGUGAAGAGGUACAUGAGCAGACCAGACCAAGAAUAAAAAUCUGUGCCAUCAGUAAGUUAAAUUGUAAAGUUGGGAGUGAAGAACUUUUGGUUUGUUUUGGUUUUGGCGCCCCCUCUGGACUAAGUGAUAUCUCUUCCUUAACUUUUUCUUAGACAUGAGCAAGUAUUGUUUUCACUAAAACUCUCAUCUUGAGACAAACACUGAAAAUCUUUGCUGCAGAAAAUAAAGGAGCUUUUAAAGCUGCGUGCAGGUCAAUCACCGACCCUCCUUCCAGUGGUCGUAGAUCUUAAGCACACCCAUGAAGACAUAACCAGUCCUUAUGCUAUGUUCCAGUUUGCUUUUGUAGAUCAUAAAGAAACAUCCCAGUACUUUCCCAAAAAAUAAAUGACUGUAAUGUACGGAGACCUUUGCUCUGCAUACGGAUCUGUCUUCUUCUUUGGUGAACAAACUGACAUGGUAUUUUUGCAAAAAGAGGGCGCCAUAAAAAACUGAAUCUAUCAGAAGUUAAAAAUUCUAGUAAUCAUUUUUUUUAAAUUACAUCCACUUCAACUGUUAAUAAAAAAAUAACGGCAGUAAAUAACAAUCAAAAAAUAAAUCAGUAUGUGCUGCACCAGCAAGUCAGUGAGCUCACACAAAAGGUGAUUUUCCAGGUGAAUAAAUAACACGCUCAGGGUUUUUGUACAUCAUCCCUCCCUGCAGCCUGAGCCUGAGCACAGAGAAAGAUUGUGGAGAGGUGAUAGUGGAUGUUUCUCCCCCUGGGGCUGAAGUCAGAGCCUGUGGGUGGAUGCUGGGGAGGCAUAGGGGCUGAAUAAAGAAAAGACUCGGCAUCAGUGAAGGUCAGAGAGAUAUUGCAGCAAAGAGGAGAAAUGCCUCACCUUAUAGAGUUUUUGUUGUUAUUGAUAAAAUUCAUUAAUCUGCUGCAGCCUGAUAACUACAGUGUUGGUUUUACAGCAGAAGCUUCAACAUCCAUGUCAGAGAGAGUUUUUACUCUGCAUGAAGUUAUCUUAAUUUUUCAAUCUUUCGGUUUACGCACCGUCACGUUUGUCCAGCACUCUUAAUGUGAGCGACAUAGAAAAGAAAAGAAAUUAUUGAGCACGGAGCAGAUACUGAUCAGCCUGCUUCAAACAGAAAACAACGUUCCUCGUGUUAAAAACUGUAUUUUUGAGGAAUCUCAGACGUCUGCAGAUCAUCAUGUCUGUCUGCUGUUUGCUUGUCUCUCUCCAUCUGGCCUCGUUUUCUAUCUCUGUCACUUGUUUUUACUUUUAAGCAGCAUUAUUUUUUCUGAAAAUGUUUCAUCUGUUGCACAGUAAAAUUAUUUCUUUUCACAUUUUAGGACUUUUGUCUGAGGCUGAAUCUUUUAUGUCCCCUCUGCUGCUAACUAAGAAGCAUUUUUACAUAUUUGAGGGUCUAAAUAAUUUACAAACCACAGACAGAGUCGUGUUUACUCCUAACAGGCUCAGUUUCUAAUUUUAAAGGUACAGUGUGAAGUAUUGAGCAGCGUUUAGCAGACUCUGUAGACAUUGUCUGUAAUAGAAGGAGUCUUUAAUGUCUCUUUGCACUGACUGAGUCUAAUCAAACUUUUGACAGUCCUGUAAUAGAUCUGUGUUGAUAGCAGGUACUUUAAAUUCACCCUCAGACUGUCUGGGUGUGAUAACAGCUUCCUAACAGCUCUCUGUAAUUAGACAAAGGUGUCUUUGAGGCGUUUUCACCUGCAGGAGAAAGUGUGAACUUGAAGUGGUGUGUCUGAGCUGCAGCCCCUUAACUUUAUCCAUCUCCUCAUCUUCAGUCCAACAGCCGGACCCCAACCAGCCGCGGCCAGAGGGGGCGGAGAUGAUGCCAGUUCGGGGUGAGGCUCUGGGGGUGGUCACUAACUGGCCUCCAUCCCUUGAGGCUGCUCUUCAACGCUGGGGGACUAUUUCCCCUAAAGCCCCCUGCCUCACCAGCCUGGACACGGCAGGGAAGCCCCUCUAUGUCCUCACAUAUGGUAACCAUCACUCCCACAGUUUGAUCAAACAUCGACUUUAUUGGUUUCUGAAGCGGUUCAUUAAACUUAAAGAGUUUGUCUCAGUAAUUUCAAGUUUCUGUGAAAAGAGUUUUUGAUAAUUCAGAUAUCGUGUAAAUCUUGUUGGCGCGUGAUAAAUCUUUAAAUUUAGAUAAUCUGACCAGCUUUUCACACAUUUGUCUCUCUUCAUUGGUAACCUACCAUGUCAGGUUAAUCAUGGGUCAUAUUUCUGUGUUCUUUAAAGAUAAUCUGUAUCAGACUAAGUGUUGUCAGUACUCAGGUGUGCAGGGAAAUUAAAUCAUACAGAAGAAGAGCUUAACUCCAGCACACCGUCAGCUGGGAAUUAAAGACUUUUACUCUGUUUUGAAAUACCGACGUUUUCUUUUCUUAGGCAGCGGUCGCUCCACCACAAAUGCAUUAGGCAGCUCUCACUUUAAAGUUUAAUCCAGAUAAACAAGCCCGAUUCUCCUGGUACUUCUGCUGACUGCUUAAAAGUCUUAAAUGUCACUUUGGGCUGUGUGUGUUUUUUCUCUUAUUGACUGUGUCCGUAAAUAGAAGUCCAAGAACGCACACACUCCCCUCUCUCUCUCUCUCUCUCUCGCUCUCUCUCGUUCGCUCGUUCUCUCGCUCUCUCAUUUGUAUCCUGUGUCCAUCUCCCUGCAGGGAAGCUGUGGUCUCGCAGCAUCAAGCUUGCCUACAACAUCCUCCACAAACUGGGCAGUAAGCAGGAGCCGAUGGUGCGGCCGGGUGAUCGGGUGAGUCACUCUCCCAUAACACCUCGCAGUUUUCAUUUCUGGCCUUUUUUAGACUGAUGACAUUGUUCUAUUGUUAGAUCAGUAUGGGCCGCACUGAAACAAUCCUGCAUCUAUCAGAGGUUGGCUUCAAACCUGACAAAAGAUGUUUUCAGAAAUGUCAAACAACCUCUUAAAACUGGAGACAGACUGAUGAAGCCGUCAGACGGUUAAUGCCGAUCUGACAUCAUCAGCGUCGCUUUGGCAUCAGCCCUCCUUUCAGAGCAAGAACACAUGUUUCAUAACUAAGUGAGUGACAGCAUGUUAUAAUAAAGAAAAAUGACUGGCAGGUAUUUGAUACAAACGCAGUGACACACAUUUAUAUAAAUCUGCGAAACAAAAGUGUGUCUUAGAGUUUCCUUUCGUGUUAAACCCUCAAAGUUACAAAUAUUAAAGGUCACCAUCUUUGCUGAUGGACAGGAUCUUAUCUUCGCUCUCUCACCAAAACUGUGUUGGUCAAAGACUCAGAGGAGAACACGAGCAUGAGUCACCCAGCAAACUAAAUCAACACCAGCUGGAUUUAGCAUUGCGACUGAUUCUGUGGCAGAGACUGCAGACAAGCUCUUCCUCUUUCUCAUGUUUUCAGCUCUGAGCAGUGAGGAGAUUUUAAGCGCCUCUCAGCCUCACCCCUGUCUCCUCUAACCCUCCUCUCCUCUUCCUCAUUUAGGUGGCCUUGGUGUUCCCUAACAACGACCCUGUGGCCUUCAUGGUGGCUUUCUACGGCUGUCUGCUGGCCGAGGUGGUCCCUGUUCCUAUAGAGGUCCCUCUAAGUCGCAAGGUGCGUCUUUACAUCCCCCCUCUUGUCGAUGUUUUCACAUUGACUCUCUAGUUCCUCCCUAUAGUUCUCAGUCUAAUAGAGGAUUAGUUUCUGGAUGGAAGGUCAGGUAAUUUAAGUUUUUUUAAAGCACUGCAGCAUGUCGAUAAUCCUCUCUGUUUCAGCCGCGAUCACUCUCAAACCAGAAUCUCCAGAACCUCCAAACUCCUGCGGUGUUUGUUUCUUUUGUCCUGACAUUUGAGUGACAGUUAAUGUCUCUGAAAGGAGCAGAGGUUUGUUGUUGUAGGGACUAUUUUCUGCCCUGUGUAUUCAUUCUGCAGAAACUGGGGACAGUCAUGACUCUGAGACGGCUUUUGAACAUUUAUAAUCCCUGCUUUAGAGUCAAGUUGACUUAAUUGCCAUUAUCACACACAGUAUAUGCAAAAGAUCACGCUGGCAGCAGGUCAGCUGUGUUGGUUUGUCAAUAACAUGAGGUUACUGGAGCCUGUUAUUGUGCAGUUCCUCUAUCGGGGCUCUUAAAGAUUUGUUUGGUCUUAAAGUCCAUGUUCUGGAUCUUCAGUCUCUCCUCUUUUCUUGCGUCAAGUAUCUCAAGUAUUUCUGAAAAAAGGGUCUGAACAGAGAGCAGAAAAACAAAUCAGAGAGCCAACAAGUUCAACAACCGAGGAACAAGCCCUCCGUCUGCCCCUCCAUCACACACCGACUCCUGUCAUCCCUCAGGUCACAGCUGUGGAUGUGUGAGUCAUCACCUCUUCAGACCUGACACGUCUGAAGGGUAGAAGCCCCCACUUUGUCAGGAAAGGUUUCUGAAGAUUGAAAAACAAAAUCCUAGCUGCCAGUUGUAUCACCUUUCAGUUUCUGCUCAGUCUGGAGCCUCUGAGGGAGACAUGUCAGCUCGCCUUUGCAGCGCUGCGAGCGCAGGGUCGUCACGGUUUCACGGCGAUUACUGCUGCAGCAGAAAAUGCCUUUAGCUGCAGGUCGGUCACCACUGCUUCUUUGCUGCAGGAUUUUCCAUAAAGUAUCUAUGAAGGCAGCAGCAGCAGCAGCAGUGCAGCAAACAGGAGAGCGACAAACAUGAGAGUGAAACAGGAUUCUGAAGACGUGAUGAAACAAAAAGACCCUGAAGAUGUUGUGAUUUUUAAUGAGUCAUCAUACUUCCUGAACGCUGAGCUAACCGUCUCCUCUCUCUUUUCAUCUUAUCGACCAAUAGGAUGCCGGGAGUCAGCAGAUUGGCUUCCUAUUGGGCAGCUGUGGAGUAACCGUGGCGCUGACAAGUGAUGCCUGCCACAAAGGGCUGCCCAAGAGUGCAACAGGAGAGAUCCCACAGUUCAAAGGUGAGAGAGAAAGUCAUCAAUCACAGCCGGACCGUGACGGCGCGGUGUUUCUGUGUGGGGGAGGGGCAGCCUGGCUGAGAAAGAGAGAGAAAUAAAUGACGGUGCAACUUUAGGAGAACUUGAUCAUCUUUAAUCAGCCGUCUUUUGUCUCUGCUUUCCAACAAAACUUCUGUUCAUGUCAGACGGCCGGUUACGUAUCUGCAGGAAGAGAGAGAUGUAUUAAAAAAAGAGAAAAGAUGAAGCACUCGAAGGAAAAGGUUUACCUCUAACUUAAGACGGUUGAGCUGAAUGUCACAGCUGCUGUUCAGAAGAGAGACGUCCGAUAUCCUGUCACAUUACUGAUAUGCUCUCAUGAUAAGAACGGUCCGUUUUACCGACGGUUCAGACGUCCCUUUUCUUCACAGCAUCAAGAGGGAAACGCUCCGAGAACUUCAAGUAUCAGGAUGUGAUGGUGUUGCAUUCACUGCCGCCAUGUUGCUUGUUUUUGUUCAUCUGUCACUUUAUGUUCACAGAUUAUAAGGGCACUAAAUGACUCACUUCUCUCAAGCUCGAACAUGUUUGACCUGGUAUCAUAGAAAUAUAGGAUUUUACUUUGUAACUUGUCCUUUAAAAAGCUCUAAAAAUUAAGUUAUUGUAAUGUGGUCAAUGUUAUGUCCUGGCAUAGCAUGAGAACACUAAAUGAGAUCAUUUCUAACUAUUUAUAUUUAUCCUGAUGAGUAUUUAAAGGAGGUUUCCGUGGUGAAGUUAUCCACAUAAACAAACUUUCGUCUCUCUCCGUGUUUCUGCAGGUUGGCCCAAGCUGCUCUGGUUUGUCACCGAGUCCAAGCACCUCUCCAAACCUCCCCGAGAUUGGUUCCCUCACAUCAAGGACGCAAACAACGACACGGCUUACAUAGAGGUGAGCUAAUAAUCGCUCAGCGGGGGCGCGUCGUCGCCUUUGUGGACGCUUCAACACAAGCUGGGACUUCAGUCAGUGUGAUGAUUGGAGCUGACAUUCCUCCGGUUUCCUUAUCGACCGCUCAGCUGACAUCCUGAGCUGCAGCGGCUGCAGGGCUCAUCACUAAAGCGGCAAAAUUACAAACGAGUGGAUGAGGAUUGUUUCUUAUCAGUGUUAAAUAAAUGUUUCCAACCUGAAAUCUCACAUUAUAUUGAAAAAGACUGAGCAAAUUGGAAAGUCUGUUACUCGAGAACAUAAACCAAGGCUGCGAAUGAGAGAGAGCUGGUUAUUAAAUUUGAUAAUUCUUGAGUUGUUUGGGUUAAUUGUCCUGGAAAAGUGUCAAUCAUUUCCAAGACGCCACUUUCCAAUGUGAUUUUUCUCCCCUAAUUGAUAUAAACUGAGAAUUAAUCCAUUAUUUGUGUGAUUUCUGAGCAAAAAUCCCACAAAUGUUCUUGCUCUGGCUUUAAAAAGACACAUUUUCUAACUCAGUCUUUGCAGCAUAAUUAUAGAAUUAUAAAAACAUCUUAAUUUUGUCUGGAUACAAAGAAAAAAUCUCUUAAUAGAAAAUCAUCAGUUUGAACCAGUUGCUGACAUUGUAAGAUGUGUAAAAGACACUUUUAAUGGUCGGCCUGGUGCUCUGUGGUCAAAUAAAGCGGAUCUCAGUCUGCUCUGAUGUCGUCUGUUGUUUGUGUCUCAGUAUAAAACCUGCAAAGACGGCAGCGUGCUGGGAGUCACAGUGACGAGGAUCGCUCUGCUCACACACUGCCAGGCUCUCACCCAGUCCUGCAGCUACACAGAAGGUACAAUCGCACACAAACGCACACAAACGCACACAAACAGUUCAGUCUGCAGGUCGUAAAAAAAGCAAUCUGACAGUUUUCUCCCCUCUUUCUCUCUCUCUCUGUCUGCAGCGGAAACCAUUGUGAACGUCCUGGACUUUAAGAAAGAUGUGGGUCUGUGGCACGGCAUCCUGACGGUAAGAUAUCGUGGUGUUUUUUCUGGACCCCAGGGAGACGAGCAGCUGCCUAGAAUCCUAACCAAGAAUAAAAACAAUCAUUUUAGAGUAACAGCAAUAAAAAGGGAUAACAAAAACCAGACAAGAUCAGAAUAAAACCAGAUUGUGUUGUUGAAAACUUUGUAAAGUUUUUGACAAAGAUCCAGAAGUCAGGAUUAUUCUGAUCCCUGCAGAGAGCUGGAUUCAGACUUGAACAGUUUUACAGUCAGGGUGAUAUUUUUGUCCAUUUUCUAACAUAUUUUGCUCUUGAAUUGUCGAGUCUAUUCAGUAAGAAGGUUGACAAAUGUGUAAACAAAAGCAGCUGGCAGGAUCAUUCACUUCUUGUGGUUUUGGCGCCCCCUGUGGACAAAAUUUAGAGCUCUGGAAAUCCUUAAAAGUCUGUGUUUGGACCAGAUGAAUCCAGUCCAGGACAAAUGUAAACUGGAUUACCUGAUCCCGUGUUUUAAUGAGUUCGUCUCUGUACGUGUUUCCUGCAGAGUGUGAUGAACAUGAUGCACGUGAUCAGCGUCCCGUACUCGCUGAUGAAGGUGAACCCUCUGUCGUGGAUCCAGAAAGUGUGCCAGUACAAAGGUCAGACUCACACGCCACCUGCCACUCUGCUCCGUCACUUCUCCACAUUCAGCCGUCCAUCACACAGAUUAAAUGCUAAUGUCUCCUCCGUGUGUGUGUGUGUCCCCUGCAGCUAAGGUAGCAUGUGUGAAGUCCAGAGACAUGCACUGGGCUCUGGUGGCCCACAAAGACCAGAAGGACAUCAACCUGAGCUCGCUGCGCAUGCUGCUGGUGGCCGAUGGAUCAAACCCCUGUAAGGUCACACUCAGCCCUCACAGCAGAGCGUUUUCCUCUAACAGCAGAGUUUAAAAAAGGUGUAUAUGUGAGGGAUAGAGAAUGUCAGAGAAAUGGAUAAAGUCUCUGGGGAUUCAGCAAACUGGGUCACUUUACAGGAAUAGAGCAGGACUACGAACAUUUGGUACAAUGGGUGAUUUUCAGCCCGACUGGAGAGGAAGAAGACUGAAAUAUAUCAGCAAAGAAAAAAAAACUCUGAUUUAUGAUCGGCUCUGGGAGAUUUUCAUGUUUCCCCCUUCACCUCCUCUCUGUCUCUGCGCUUUAAGACUUUGUUUGGUCUCAGAUAACAGUUGGUUCUGGUUGUAGCUCUGGCCCCGCUGAGAGUGGAGACUCUUCACGCCAAGGCCCCUCAGAAACCCUCUCCAAUCAGAGUUAACCAGCAAGUCCACACUCACACAGGCGACAUGUUUCCAUCCACACUGGGAAAGACAAAAACUGCACCAAAUCCCAAAAGAAGCAUCAUUGUUUUGACGCAAAAGUUUCAACCAUGCAGCAGCUCAGCCUUGAACAGCCCCGUAUAUUAAUGUAUUACUCAUUUCAGAGCGCCUGUGUCCGCUCAUCAAUUGUUUUAGAGAGCUGUGUGUCCCAGUUAUAAACUCCUCACUGACUGUAAGCAGCUUUUGAAAUUUGAGUACGCUCAACCUGCACCUGAGCUCCCUCGCUGAUGGAGACUGAUGCCGAUAAAAUCACCUCGUAAAGUGGACCCUUGAGUUUGGAUUGUUUUGGAGUGUUCACAUCAUCGUAAAGUACACAAAUGAAAUGGAGAGGCGCUCGCAGUGAAAAUUAAAUCAAACCCUGGAUGGAGGUAAAGCAGCUUCAGGUAGAUUUUAGAUUUUGACACAGCUGAAUAACUAACGGGUCUCUUUAAAUUUAUUUUAACAAGUUUGUUGUUAAAAUUUGAGAAUAAGAGAACCCAAAUGUUCUUGUAUAUUAAUUUUCAUGACGUUUUGCAACAGUACACCUUUAUUUACUUAUACGUCACCACAGAUUUGAAUACUGUUUUAUUACAACCUGUGAAUCCACUGAAAAAAAUUGACUUUUGUAGAGGGUAGUUAUUUUUCAGAUCGUGUUCAAGUAUCACAGCCUUAUUUCCAAAAAAGUUUGGACACUAAAAUGUUGUUUAAAAAAAACAUUUUGAGGGUUUUGCAUAUCAUUAAAAGCCCUCAUUUGAUUUCAGAUACUGCAAAGAUAACAUGUAAAAGAGUGAAACUGAAAAAUGUGAAUAUUUUAUGAAAAUUAGUCUCAUAGUUGAUUCCAGCAACAUGUUUCCGAUCAGUUUAAAGAGGGACAAAAAAAAAACCCAAAGGUUUGUGAAAUGCCCCUAAAAACAUCAGUAAUUCAACAAUUUCAAGAUGUUACUGAGCAUAAAGAUGCAACAAAUUUUGAGAUUUUAUCAUCUGUCGAACAUAAUACAUUAAAAAAUGUAAGAACCUGGAGAAAUUUACACAAAAAGAUGACAUUGCGUUAAAAUCAGACAUGGCUCUGUAGUGGAAGUCACCGCACAGGUUCAAAAUCAGUCCCUGUCUGUGAACUGAGUUCGUCCCUGCAUCCUUAAACUAAACAGUUUUAUGGUUCAGAAACAUGAGUGACUCUCUGAGGAAGUUAAAGAUGGAUUUAAGGGAGGUGUGGUGAGGGAUUGGCAUCCUUUUGGAAAUCAUGGACGUCUCAUCCUCCUCUGUGAAUUUCAGCCUCACAGUUAAACUCACAGACCUUUUAUAGUAUUUUUCACUAUUUUAAAGGUACUUUUACCCGAACAAACAGUCUCCCCCUGCAAAUGAGAAUUUUCACAACGUUUUCAUGAGGCUGCUCCUCUGAGUCUUCGAGAAAAGGUCAUCCUUUCCAUCUCAAAGAUUUCUUUAUACUCUUCCAUUCUCUGAGGUUCGGAGGCUCUGGGUGAUUUCGUUCUCGUGUUAUUGCUCUUUUUUUUUUACAGGCGGUCAGCAGUAUCUCACUCAAACACUGCUCUUUUUUAAUAUUCAGUGGUAUUAAAUCUUUGCUGCAGCCGAACAUAAAUUCCUCCAGAGCGUCGUAACUUUAAGACACGUCCAAAAAAUGUGAGAGUGAUGUGACGAUGAUCCUGACUUUAACUGUGUGAUGAGAUAAAUUUACAGAAGCUCUCUCAUUAGUAAAGACUUUGGAUUUGUCGUGUAUAAUUUAACCUUGUUGAAGACCUCCAGGUGCAGGUUUUCUGAUUGUCUUUUGAACGUCAGCGGUUUGUGUGAAAGUGUCGACCGCCUGAGCCGAAGCUGUUCUGACAGUUUGUUUGUGUUUCUGUCCGUCAGGGUCCAUCUCCUCCUGCGAUGCCUUCCUCAACGUCUUUCAGACUAAAGGGCUGAGAGCCGACGUCAUCUGUCCCUGCGCCAGCUCCCCCGAGGCCCUGACUGUGGCCAUCAGGAGGUACACACACACACUAACACACACUCAUAAAAAUGCACAUACUCUGAGCUCUGAUUUACCUACACUGAUUAUGCAAACAUCUGCACAUACACACAGAGGAAGGAACACAAAUAUGCAAACAAGCACACACACACACCCAUGCAAACACACCCACAGAGUACACACUGGAAACACACAAUCACAAAGAGAAGACAGGUCCAGAGUGUUUCCCUCUGCAGCCCUCAGACUGAGAUCACAGCGAGGAGCUAAUCUAACCAAUCACAGAUCAGGAUGAUGCAAAAACACACACACACACACACAUUCGUUUACAUUCGCCGUGUUUACACAAAAACUCACACCAAUCUGCUCAGUGACAAACAUUUAAACAGUCAGUGCACACAUUUGAGGUACAAACACCGCACUGUAUGAAGGUGUGUGUCUGUUUACUGUUUGAGCAUCACUGUACAGAGCAGGUUAAUGACAGUGGGACCUGUGUGUGUGUGUGUGUGUGUGUGUGUGUGUGUGUGUGUGUGUGUGUGUGUGUGUGUGUGUGUGUGUGUUGUGUUCAGGCCUGUGGAGGACAGCAGUCAGCCUCCAGGGCGAGGCGUCCUCUCCAUGCAGGGUCUGUCAUACGGAGUCGUCAGGGUCGACACAGAGGAGCGCCUCUCAGUGCUCACAGUGCAGGACGUGGGGACCGUCACUCCUGGAGGUAUGGGUGUGUGUGUGCCUCCUCCUCUCUCCUCCUCCUCCUUCUGCUCUUCUCUCUCCUCCUCUUUCUCCUCUCCCUGCUCUUCUCUCUCUUCCUCCUCUCCAUGCUCUCCUCUCUCUUUCUCUGUCCUCCUCCUCCCCUCCCUGCUGAUCUCUCUCCUUCUGCUCCUCUCCCUGCUUUCCUGUCUCCUCCUCCUGCUCCUUUCCCUGCUUUCCUCUCUCCUCCUGCUCCUCUCCCUGCUCUCAUCUCUCCUCUCUCCAUCUCCUGCUCCUCCCUGCUCCUCUCUUUGCUCUCCUCCUGCUCCUCUCCCUGGUCUCAUCUCUCUUCCUCCCUCCUUGUCUCCCUGCUCUCCUCUCUCCUCCUGCUCCUCGCCCUGCUUUCAUCUCUCCUCCUGCUCCGCUCCUUACUCUCCUCCUCCUCUCCCUGCUUCCUCUCUCCUCCUCUUGCUCCUCUCCCUGUGCUCCUCUCUCCUCUUCCUGCUCUCCUCUCUCCUAUUCUUGCUUCUCUCCCUGCUCUCCUCUCUCCUCCUCCUCCUCUCCCUGCUUUCCUCUCUCCUUCUUCUUCUCCUCUCCCUGCUCUCCUCUCUCCUUCUUCUGCUCCUCUCCCUGCUCUCCUCUCUCCUUCUUCUGCUCCUCUCCUUGCUUUCCUCUCUCUUUCUCUUUCCUCCUUCUCCUUCUCCUCUCCCUGUUCUCCUCUCUCCUCCUGCUCCUCCUCUUCCUCCUUCUUAUUUCUCAUUGCUCAUCACAGAGACAUCAACUUUACAGCUAAAAUAAAACGUCAUCUAACAGUCAGAAUCAAAGUUGGGUCAUUUAUCGAUUCAGGGGAGUGUUUCUGGUGUGUGUUGGAGUUGAUGGCGGUGACCACACACCCUCUCUGUCCCUCUGAAGAGUUAAACAGCCGGCCUUCAGCACUGUCACGCACUGAAUGGCAAAAAAUCCAUUAAGUCCAUCAAAUCGUAAAAUUAGUUUUAAGGGCGUGUAAAUGUGCGGCCUCUCCUUUUCAUCAACGUCCAAUUUUAGAGGCGCUCUCUCUCCUCUUGACCGGGCGAGCUAAGCGCCUGAACGCUAAGAGAGACAAAAGAAAUAAGAGUUUGAAUAUGGCUGCCAUCUUUUGUUAGCAGAGGACAAAGUCAGUCUGGUAGUUUUAACAAGGUGAUUCGGAACAUAAAGAAGCUUUUAGGACGUAAUAAAUCAUCCGCUCUGCUCCUAAUGAAGAAUCCAACCACAACAGAGAUAGAGAGCAGGAAAGACGCCCUGGCAUUACAUCUGCUUUACUUUCACACACACACGGGCGCUGAUGGCUCUGUCCCUCCCUCUUUGAAACAUCGAUUCAGUUCUGUUCCUCCCUCUGCUGCAGCAUUUACAGCAGAUUGAUAUCACUCCUCCAUCCCCGUUUGUACUUUCCUGCAGCGAGGCGAGGCGGACUUUCAGCACCAGUCCUGCUCUGAUCAGGCUUCAUAUCAAACCUCAGAUUUCAACAUGUAACGGUCUGAAAUUAAACCUGUUUAAUUCGUGAAAUACUCUCGUUUAUCACAUAACAGUGAGCAGUUAUUGUUCCUUAAACCCAGUGUUGAGUUUUAAAAGAAUUAAAGCGGCUAUCAUUAUUUUAGGUUUUUUUUCUUUUGUGUAUUAAACUGCCAGAAAAAAAUCAAUGAACACUGAACUAUUAAGACGUGGAUUACUAGAAAGCUGAUUUAAGCUCCUUACCAGUCCCAGAGAGCAUUUCUCCUCCAACAAACACUUGGAAGACGACUACAGCCUCUGCAGAAAAGAUUUUAAAACGAAGUAAAAAGUGCAAAUUUUAGUGAUUAUAAAUCCUGGUCCGUGUCUCCAGAUAUUGAGGUGGUGUGAAAGCUCAUUUAAACUCUUAUGUGGACCAAACAUGCAGAAAUGAAACCUGUUGAUGUUCAUAUUAAAACGGUGUGAAGCUGCCUCCACUUCCUUCUCAUUGUCUAGUUAGUAUAAGGACUUUUUGUUAUAUUUGUAGGGAAAAAAAACAAAAAUCACUUUGUUAUAAAAAGCUUGACUCCUGGACUUUUUACUGUUGACUGGACGAAGAGCUGCAGCUUCAGAUCUCAAGUUUAAAAAGAUUUAUUGGCCAGCUAUUUCACAUUACAGAGCAUCAGCAAAGCAGCAAAGUUAUUUUUGUUAUUACACUCCCUGAUGAGCUGCUCUUUGCUUACUUUACAACUUAAAUUUCUAAAAAUGUAACUUCAGGUUUUAUUGUUUUUGUUUACAUGUGCAGAAAAUUAGAAGGAUUCUACAGUCCUGAACUUUAUACUGUCACAAAACUUUUCCAAGUUGUAUUUAACAGAAAAAAACUCUUCAGGAAAAUCAGUGCUGUUUAUGAAAUACUGCUCUUUAUGCGGUUGAUGAAAAAUGCGUAAAUCUGCAGAAACACUCGCACUGCUGCAGAUUAUCCAACAUCACCGUCACAGACUCUGAGCUCUGAUCUGAACAGGCUCCAUGUUUCUGUGAACCUGCAACACCUGGUGUUCAAAGUGGGAACUACAACCACUGCAACACCAGGGCCCAGACUAGACCAGGGAGAACCAGGCUGAUGAUUUAUUGAGAAAGAAACAUCUUUCAAGUGAUUUAACUUCUUGUAUUGCUUUCAUUUCUUUCAUGUUUUUUUAUCGAUUUAACUCAAACUAUGAAAUUCAUGUUAUUUGUGUGCUUUUUUGUUUUUACCCCUUGUGAUUUAGUUAAUUUUAAUUAGUUUAUUUCCUAACUGUGUCAUAAUUGAGCUCUUUUCUCUCUUCAUUUUACUUUAUAUAAGUCGUAUUUCUUCAGUAUCUCCUUGCUUGUUUUGUUGUCAGACACUUUCCAAAGUCAAUUUCUCUAUCGGUGCGCCGUAUGUUUAAGUUGUUAUUUUGCUGAAGUGCCCGACAUCCUCAGGUAACCUGGUUUUGUGUUGGCCCAGACAUGAGUAAUAUUUGGGUCAGGGAGCCUGCUUUGAGCUCCGACUGAGGUGUUAGCUGGAUUCAUUCCCUGGAACAGGUGCAUGUGGAGCAAAAACUGAGUUCAUUCAAGGUAGAAUGAGUAACUCUGUGUUUCUGUGUCCUUGGCCCCACAGGUCUGGUGUGUGUGGUUAAACCGGAGGGCGUCCCUCAGCUCUGUCAGACUGAUGAGAUCGGUGAGUUCUGCGUUUGCUCCAUCGCCACAGGCACUUCCUACUACGGCCUCACCGGUAUGACCAAGAACACUUUUGAGGUGAGUUUUUACUGCUUCCUCCUCGCUCACAUGAGUCUGACAGAUGUCACGACUUCACUUCUCCAGAUUUGCAGACAGAGACUUGAUUGUUAAACCUCCUUAAACUAAAAGCAGCUGUGUGACGAUGUCAAAAUAAAAGCCCUCUGUUCAGAAAUACUCCUGGUUCUGAUUCUGGAUCAGCCGCGUGACAAGAGGUUCUCAACCAGUCCCUGGUCUCUGAUCCAAGUAUUCGGCCAGAGGUGGUCCAUAAAUACUCCUAAGUUCAAGGAUAUUUAUGGACCACCUAAGCAACUGGCUUGCCCUGGUGCUGACCAGUUGCCGUGGCGACUCUGCAGCUGAACACCUGUAUAUUUGCAGGUCUACCCCGUGAGCUCCACUGGCGGGCUGGUCAGCGAGUACGCCUUUGUGCGGACCGGCCUGCUGGGCUUCAUCGGACCCGGCGGUCUUGUCUUCAUCACCGGGAAGAUGGACGGGCUCAUCAUGGUGAGCGGGCGGAGGCACAACGCUGAUGACAUCGUUGCCACGGCGCUGGCAGUGGAGCCAAUGAAAUUCGUCUACAGGGGCAGGUGAGUAGAGGGGCCGUUAAACUUCUUUAUGACGGUGUCACGUGUGAAAUAUAACGCCCAGAGUAUUUGGAUUUUAGAGAUCUGUGUGACUGUAUGUGUGAUGCAGAUGUCAAACCAAGAGUAAUCCUUUUUAAUAACAGAGAUAUUCAUAUUAAUCAGAAUAUGUGUGAUUAUGAUUCCUGUCCACAUCGCCGAUACGUCCUGAGAUUACAGAGGAGCAUCCAGAAGUCGAACCACUCUUAAAUCAUUGCCUUUGACUGUAUUUGAACAGCAGCCAGCACCGGCACAUUUACUGUCACAGUGAUUAAUGAGCGAUCCAGCAGCACAUAAUAAAUUCAAUAAAGCAGAGCCACAGAGGAUGAAUCCAGAAACUGUAAUGGAGGGAAGUUUAAUUGUGUCCACCGCCGCCGAGGAGGAAAUUCAUCUUAUCGCUGACAGAGUCUGAUGAAGUUUUACAUUCGAAGUAAAGUGAGACAUUUAAAGAAAAGGCUGCUGUAGAGGGUGACAGUCUCUUUGUUCAGACACAUCCAGAUGAAACUGAUUUUAAUGUCAAAAGACUUAGAAAUACUGAACUACCUUCUCAGAUAAAAUAUCAAACGGCUGCGUUCAAGAAGGGGCAGAAGGAGGUAACAGCUCAUCUGGUCCAACCCCGACCUUUAAAGUUAAACUAGGGCUGGGCGAUAUGGCUUCAAAUCAAUAUCACAAUAUAUUGAUCAGUUCACUUUGAUAAUGAUAAAUGGACGAUAACUACUCAACAAGCUGCUCGCCACCUCCCACAUUAACUUCGUCUUCUUCAGCUGCUACAACUUUUAAAAUGUCCUCCAUCUCCUCACCUGUCUUUCCCUCUUUGUUACGGACUGGAUGGGGUGGAGUCACGUCUCUGACGUAGGACAGCGUCUUAAAGGGACAUUAUACCAUAGCCUAACUACACACAUCCAAAACCAACUUUUAUUUAUUUAUAUUUUUGACACAGAAUAUACUGAUAUGGGCAAAAUGACGUCAGUUAUUGUCAUAAAUUUCUGUAUCGGUAAAUUUUUGGUUUAUCGCCCAGCCCUAAAUUAAAGUUUCUUGCUGCUUGCAGGUUGAAUUGACAUGAAAUAGAUGUUUUAAUUUACUUUAUUUACUUUAAUUGGCUUUAUUUUACUCAGCCAGUCUUGUCAAAGCGCUGUUGUCAUUUUCUGUUUUCUUCACUUUGCUUGAUGUCACUCAGCACCUUAAGGUUUCAACACACCACACUCCUUCUUCUGCUGUGGUUGUCCUUGGCAUCACUCUCGCUCUUCAUACAGUGACUGUUGCUAUGGGGUUUCGACCAAUCAGAAUCAAGUGUCUCACUCAGCUGAGCGAUCAGUAUGAAAGCUGAGUCAUGAGUGUGGAGAGCGUCCAAGAGAACUGGAGGUUUUAUUGCAGACACGGCAGCCUCAGAGUGACCAUAAGAACAUUUUAUGAAGGUUUGAAUCCAUCACAGAGAUGACAGGGUGAAAGAGGGUGAAAAGACUCGAUCUAGAUUAACCAUGAGUUUAACUGAACAGUUUUUGUGCUCAUAGUGAAAUAACACACCUGUGUGUUAGAAGAGAGCAGCAAACACCUUACUCCUGUUAUUACUCAUUACUCAGUUCUAAGCACCUUUGUGUGCAGCCAGACACUGACACCAGCUGCUUCUGUCCAAAAACACCUUUUUUAUCAUGAAGGUUCAUAACAAAAGCUUGUAAAAACUCCGACCGGGUGAGUGGGGGGACAGAUUACUUUGAUUUCUGUAUUAAUAAAAAAACACUCAGGUAGUUCUGCCUCUUAAACCGCCUUUAUAAAUAUAAAAGUCAAGUUAUGAGGCACGUCUCAGCAGCAGUGAAGUUGAGGUGAUUAUCCAAAAGACUUAAAAAGAAAACAUCCAAUUAAAAUCAGCGGGAAAGUUUGUCAAAGUAUUUCUUCUUGAGUUGGAUCGUCAGGGUGGACAAGACCAGAUCUGGACCCUGUCUGUCCCCUCUGUAGCCUGUCCUCCUGUUGUUCUUCAGGGUAUUUAUGGACCACCAAAGGGGUCAGAAGACCUGCAGAGGUCCUUAACCAGCUCCUUUGUCCGAGGCUUAGUUUAACCCCGAAUUUCCACCGCAUCUGCUGUCCAAACUUUCCUAUCCGGUCCGUUUAUCAGGCGAAUUUCGUGGCAGAGUACGUACAGCAGGAAUCACGAGAACUCUGCAUCUCCUCAUCCAUGGUGUCAUCGGGGUGAAAUGACGUCUAUAAACCUUUCACUUGUUCGUCUCCGCCCAUUUGCAUGGCGUGAAAUACGAUCUAUGUUUUAUUUUGAAAAAGAAGCCAGAUUUUUUUUUGUGUGUCUGUCCUCGGGUUAAUCUGUGCUGAAUUUAUCCGGCAUGCUCCGGCGUCCGAAAAAAUAGAACUCUUGCGAUCAGCUGCGGAGUCUAGUGAUCCGCAGAGGAACGGAAAGAUGUCGAUGGAAAUUGACACAUUAACUUGAAUGUAAACGAUCAGCUACAAUUGGCUGAUACGGCCUUUUCUUAGCUGUUCCGGAUGCAGUGGAAAUUGGGGGUUACUCUUCUCUACAGCGGUAUUUAUCCAUCAGUAUCAGCUGAUUGACAUCUGCAGUGCAUUAACAUGAAGAUCACUCUCUUCUCCGUCCUGCAGGAUAGCGGUCUUCUCUGUGACGGUGCUGAGGGAUGAGAGGAUCGUGGUCGUAGCCGAGCAGAGACCCGACUCCACCGAGGAGGACAGCUUCCAGUGGAUGAGCCGCGUCCUGCAGGUAGAUCAGCUGGUUUUAUGGAUUUAAUCACCUGAUGAUAACAGGAACACUGACAUGCUUCUGUUUUAAUGCUCUUCAGCUAAUAUCUUGAUUCAGAUCUUGUGUUCGGGGUUGAUUCCUCACUCGAUUGUACCCGUUGUGACACCGUAACUAAAAGAACCAGAAUGUUCUCCCGGUCUGUGAUGAUGGCUGACGGGUUGUUUGUUCACUCCGAACAGAUUCAGGGUUUAAAAUUCAAUAAAGCAGCUUUAUUUUAAAGGUUUAGCAAAGGUAGGUCACGCUAAAACAACACAAAGGUUAAGCCAUGAUUUAAUAAUGAUUCCUCAUCAGCAGGUAAUCCCCCCGUCCUCUGACUGUCCUCCACCCCACCUUACCCCACUCACUCACUCACUCACACACACUGUCUCUCUUUCAGGCCAUCGACAGCAUCCACGGAGUCGGCGUGUUCUGCCUCGCUCUGGUCCCCGCCAACACUCUCCCCAAGACUCCUCUGGGGGGCAUCCACCUGUCAGAGAUCAAGCAGCUGUACCUGGAGGGGGGGCUGCACCCCUGCAACGUCCUCAUGUGCCCCCACACCUGCGUCACCAACCUGCCCAAACCCCGGCAGAAACAACCAGGUGAGAAACAGGAAAAUUCAGAAACACGGAGGUGUGAUCUCCUGACUCCUGGACCUCGUUGAUGUUUGUGUGUUUUUGUGUGUUUGUGUGUUUGUGUCGCAGAGAUCGGACCCGCCUCUGUGAUGGUGGGGAAUCUGGUGUCAGGGAAACGGAUCGCUCAGGCCAGCGGGAGAGAUUUAGGACAGACAGAUGACAAUGACCAGGUGAGACACACAGACUUAGACUUUGGUCAGUCUUUAUCUUUAUUAUCCAGUUUCUCAUUUUACCUUUUACACUUCCUUUAUUUUAUGGUUUGUCCUGAUUUGACUGGAUUGUAAAAUUAUGAGAAAAACUGAAAACAGCAAAAAUAAAUAAACAGAUAAUAAAAAUGUUGGACCAGAGAAACUGUCCUCUAGUUUGUCAAUAUUGAACAGCAGUCGUGCACAAAUGAGAAAACAGCUGAUCAAAUAAAGUCUGGUGGUCCGUCCAGGUAUUAUGCAUGAGUGGAAACACUCUCAUCUGCAGAAUCUUCAUGUUCCGCCACCAUGUCUGUUCUGGUCAUGGUACUUCAGAUCAAAGUUCUGUUAGACCGUCACUGGAAACUCCCUGAUCUGAACCUUUAGUUUUUCAUUUUUCUGAAGCAGUGACAGAUGUAGACGAUCUUAGAGGCAGAUAGCGCCAUCUGCUGUUGAAGAAAGAGUUUUGAUAAUCAUUUUCCCUCUCAUCCAUUUGAAAAUGAUCUCUUAUAUUUACCAGCUCUUCCAUCAGAUACUGUUCAGUCACUAAAUUACACACAGCAGAAAUCAUUUCUUUAACUUCCUCCUCGGUCUCCUCUGAUUUUCAUGAAUCCCUUCCAAAUCUGGAAGAUGAAAUUGAGAAACAAAGUAAAUGUCAGGACUGUUUUGAUGAAUAACUGAUUGUAAAUUUGACAUUUUUGAGUAAAAGUUACGACUAAAUCGAAACGAUUCACAAUCAGAACGACUGUUUAAUCGCCCGACGAAGCGACGGCUCCGGUAAAGUGCUCGUAAAUUUGUUUCUCAGCGGCCGAUUGAAGCAUCAGCAGAUCGUUUCUUUCCUGCUUUGAUAUUUCACUGUCUGAUAUCGAUUACGUCUCUUUAAUGUCCCGGUAAGAGGCAGAGAGUCGCCGCUGCAGUUAAAAGUCGUGCUCUGUCAGCAGCAAAGCUUGAUAUGACGGAUAAAAUGAAAGUUUUAUUCAAACACACACAACCUCAACUGAAUGAAACUUUUACAGACGGUGUGCAGUUCAGAAAAUGUGCUGAUGAAGUCAAACUACAUCAUGACUCUUUAAUUAAUCUGUUAUCUUUCCUCAGAACCUGAACUCUGUCUGUGUUUUUCAGUUCUUGUUCCUGUCGGAGGUUCUGCAGUGGAGAGCUCAGACCACACCAGACCACGUCCUCUACACCCUGCUCAGCUCCCGGGUAACUAGACACACACACACACACACACACACACACACACACACACACACACACACACACACACACACACACCCCGUAACAGACAGUUAUAGCUCAUGAAAUGGAUGAUAAACCUCAGGAUUGUCCUGCUGAUAACCUCUGUUAGAAAACAUUGUAAUAUAUGCAGCAGAAAUGUGACCUUUCCUCUAAGUUUGAUAUGUUGAUGAUGCACUUAAGUACGUGAUUAAAAUAGAAGAUUGAUUUUUUAGGGGACAAAAGCUGCAAAAUUACAAGUGUUAACGUCACAUCCUGUGAGAUUGAAGUGCGAAAAUUACAAGAAAAAUAUCCAUUCUUGGAAAAAAAAGACCUUAAACAAAGAGAACUGUGUUUGACUGUUCUGAUUUUUAAGCACUGAUAUAAACUUCAGAUAACUUCACUCGAAUCCGUCCUGGAGCCGUUUUUAUCACUCCUUCUCUCCUCUCCUUUAGGGGGCGGUGUCCAGCUCCCUCACCUGCCUCCAGCUCCACAAGCGGGCAGAGCGAGUAGCGGCCCUCCUGAUGGAGCGAGCCGGUCUGCAGGAAGGAGACCACGUGGCUCUGGUUUAUCCUCCAGGUCAGUCUGGAGGAUGAUGCUGAAGGAUGUUGUGACCGUGGAUUUUAAAAGAAGCGCUCUGAUCUCACGGCGUUUGUGUGUUUUUUUUGGUCCUGCAGGUAUCGACCUGAUCGCGGCCUUUUACGGCUGCCUGUACGCCGGCUGUGUUCCCAUCACGGUGCGACCGCCUCACCCUCAGAACAUCUCCACCACCCUGCCCACCGUCAAGAUGAUCGUGGAGGUCUGAGAUUUCACAUCUUUCUACUCUUCUUAUGAUCAGACUAGCAGGAGAGAUAAUCUGUUUUUUAUUGGAGUAGAGCGAACAGAUUUUCCACCUUCUCUCUCUCUCUCUUCAGGUCAGUCACUCGGCCUGUGUGAUGACCACGGCGGUUAUCUGCAAGCUGCUGCGCUCAAAAGAGGCCACGGCCACUGUGGACAUCAGGAACUGGCCUCCUGUCCUCGACACAGGUACGACAGCUUUUGAUUUACAGACGCACCAGAAUCAUAUGAUCACAUUUAGAGAGUCGAAGACAUCAGUGUGUAAGACACGGUUUACCUCUGUAGUGUUAGCGAAAAAGCAGAACAUGUGACAACAGGUGAGCAGAGGUGGAUGGCAGGAUUACAGGUGAAUCAUUUUCAGGCUACGAGGCCAACCUGACACCUGUGAAGGUAAAUAUACUGAAGGUGGUGGAAACAGAUGGUGAUGGACAGAGUUUAAUGAGGGUUAAAGACAGUUUUUGGGGCCACAGUUACUUGCCAAUUAUUAUCUACUAACUUAUCGAAGUCUGCAACCCACAAUAACUGACCCCAGAUCUGCUCUCUUUGCUAAAUACAGUUGAUUUUAGCUACAUCCUCUUCUUACCGGGGCGGUCAGUAUUCACAUAUUCAUCUCUAUCAGAAGUAACCCAUCUUACAACCACGAUGGACAGUGACCACAUGACAUGGAAGCUAUUGAAGAAAAUGUUUAAAAUUUGCCUUAAAAUUUGAUACAAAAAAUUUUAGAGAGAAAAUUUGGGAAAUAAAGAGAUUUGUUUUAUUUUUGACUUUAGUACUAUUAUUUGAAAUCAAUUUCAAGUCAAUUGGUCACAUGACAAGGAAGCUAUUGAAGGAAAACAGCCUUUUUUUGAGAACAUCAACCAGUAAUUUAUUGAUGGUCCCUUAAUUCAACAUUGACAGCGAGGGUGCCGAGUUGAUUUAACCACACUGCUGUUGCUUUUCCCGGUUAUGGAGAGUGAGAAGACACACCGGUAAAUCCACAGAGAAUGUCCGUUGAAUAUCCAAACUUAAACUAACUUCACCACCGUAUUUACAUGAAAAACAUUUGUUUCCUCGGCUGAUUUUUUUAUGCGCACAUGUGCCCCUCAGUACAUUUUACACACAUCUAUUUUUAGUUGCAAAUGCGAGUGAAACGGUCGCACUGUCGAGCCCUGUGACAUAUGACACUAAGAGGACAUGUACCAAACAGAGAAAGAGCAGCCAAACUGGAACUCCUGAAAAGUGUAAAUACUGUUGGACUAACAGGGAUGAGUGUGUAAUCACAGAUUGGACAUCAUCAUCUUCUGACGUCCCUCCCUUAAAAUCCUCCACCUGCUCCUCUCUCUCUCACACACACACACACACAGAUCAUCAGUUUCAGACCUGAAUCAGCUCUUGUUUUGUCAUGUUUGUUUCCUGCACAGGUCCAUCAUUGGUUCUGCUCUUGAAGAGUUUCCUCUGUCUCUGCUGUGUGUUAAACUUAUAGCCUGAAAUAUUUGCUGUAGUUUGAUCUACGUGGACAGAGUCUCUGUGAUGUGACUGUGUUUACUGCGGGGUCUCAGGGGUCCUUAAUCUUCAUGUUGGAUCAUGGCUGUAAAUUGUUGUAAACAUUCAGUCAGCAGGAGACUUUUUCCUUUUUUAUGAAGAUGAACAUGAAGUUUGAACUCGUUUGUCCCUGCGGAGUCACAUGACUUCACAUCCAGCUCUGUGUGCAAAGAGGUUUAGAUUUUCUGUGUGCAUGAAUCUGAAGUUUCAGCCUUUAAAAAAAACGACUUAAGUCAGUGAUGCUCACAAGCUGCUAGAGCUGCACUGUGGGUUCAUGUUCGGGUCAGCGUUUCUGAAAUGGAUGCAACUCAACAGACUGUCCUCUUGAGCGUUAUAAAACAUAUGUGUGUGUGUGUCUGUGUGUGUGUGUGUCUGUGUGUGCGCUGCAGAUGACCUGCCAAAGAAGAAGCCUCCAGCUCUCUAUAAGCCCACCAACCCUGACGGUCUGGCCUAUCUGGACUUCAGCGUGUCCACGACCGGCAUGCUGGCUGGAGUUCAGGUCAGCUCAACGCUAAUCCUCAUCGCAUGAGCAAACUGCUAACAGCCUCUUGUUCAGCCGCCCGGAAACACUUUCCUCCUUCCUCUAUUUAUUCCUCACGUUCUCGAGGGGAAUUUAGAGAAACAUGAUAUUAGAGCGCUUUCCAGAAGGCCAAUCAAGAAACUGAAGCAUGAUGAAGUUUGACGUUUGCACUUAAAGAAUAAUCCUGUUUUUCUCCACCCCGUGUCCUCUUCGUCUAUGUCCGUCUCCUUGUCUCUCUCUCUGCGUCUUCUCUCCAGAUGUCCCAUAAUGCAGUUGGAGCGUUCUGUCGGUCGGUGAAGCUGCAGUGUGAGUUGUACCCGUCCAGAGAAGUGGCCAUCUGUCUGGAUCCGUACUGCGGACUUGGCUUCGUCCUCUGGUGCCUCUGCAGGUUCGUGCGUCCCUGUGUUCUGACAGAAUAUUAAAUAUGUUAUCGUUUGAUUAACCUUCAGCCCCGUAAUAGACGUGCAGCCAAGAAGUCCUGGUACUGGAGCUGUCGGACCUGAACGGGUACAAAAAUGUCACCUGUUUUUGAGUGAAUAAGAACAAAAAUACGAAAUACAAAAUUAUGGACGCCUCAUCUGCUGCUGUGUUUAUAUUCUUCAAUUCCCAACUUAGAAAUAAGUCUUAGAGGAAAAAUCUGAGUUUUUAUUAUUAACACCGAAAAGAUGAACUUUCAGAAGGAGAAAAAAGCAGCAUCUUCAUACAUUUUCAGACCAGAAGAUGUUUAACUCAAAUUGAAACUCCCAACAGACGGUUUCUGACUUCUUCUAAGAACAAGAACAGGGUGGGACUGUUGUGUAAUAUUUCUCUGUGAAUCCAGACCUGGGCUCGGCUCGGCUUUAUAUCCUCGGCUCAUAAACUGUGAACUUGGCGAGAGCAGGUUUCUGCUGCUGAGUGUCUUAUAAAUAAAGCCGACUGUAAAUCACCUUCAGUCUGAGACGACCUUCCCCUCCUCCAGAGCAACGAUCACUCAAAUAUUUGUUUUAAUAAAGAGAUCUUUAAAGACCGUGUGGGUCUGUCUGUGUUUCAGCGUGUAUUCAGGACACCAGUCCAUCCUGAUCCCCCCGGUGGAGCUGGAAUCGAACCCGGCACUGUGGCUGCUGGCCGUCAGCCAGCUGAGGGUGCGAGACACCUUCUGCUCGUACAGCGUCAUGGAGCUGUGCACCAAAGGACUCGGCCUGCAGACUGAGGCGCUCAAGGUCAGAAACACACUGAUGCACUGAGGAUAAAGAAACAUUAGUGAGAUUUAUGAGUUUAGAGAAGAACAGCUGAACAUGUGGAGGAGAGCGGGAACACUUCAGGAAAGAUAGUCUUUAAUUGACCUUUUAAUGACCAUGAAACUGGGAACUUGGAGAUGUUCUGGGAUUCAGCUGGUAGAACCAGGUUUUAAAGGGAUAUUCCGGCGUAAUAUUAAUUUAGGGUCAAACACACCGUAACACCGAGUUAGUUCUGAGCAUUAUUUGUGGCUAUAGAGCGGCGUUUUGGUUGAGGGCGUGGCUCUCUGUAUUGCUAUCUGUGGUCAUUACUAAAGUUGGUAUAACUAGAGAAGCAAGCGGUCGGCAACAUUCAUCUCUGGAGGGGGUGUCUAACUCGGUGUUACGGUGUGUUUGACCCUAAAUUAAUUUUAUGCUGGAAUAUCCCUUUAAGAUCGUCCCUCUUUGGGUUUCACAGACUUACUGGAGUCGAGUUUGGAGGACUCCUUGUAGUUUUUAAACACACCGCAAUGAAACACUGAGUCAUUGUUAUCAGUAUAAAGGAUUAAAACAGCUCUUGUUUCUUCGUAGACGUGUGUCCCUCCUGGAUUUGGUUUGAAAUAAAGGACCAAAGAGGAUCACCUGAGGCUCUUUAAAGUUAAAAACUGUCCAAAUCACUUCUUUGUUUCUCCGUUUCCACUUAUUUCCACACGGUUCAACUCUAAACAAACCAGCUGUUCCUCCACCCUCAGAGCCUGACUAUGACUUGUCUGGUUGCAGAUGAUCCCAUUUCCCAGAAUGCAUCAGUAAAGUUGCAGAGGACACACUCAGACAAACAGCAGACCCUGAGUGUGUCUAACAGACUUCGAGACUCCACAGAAGAUCAGCAGUAAUGAACUCACGCUCCGUCUCUGUCUGCUCAGCCUGAGGCUGGAGUUAGCAGCGCUCUGAUUGGUCACCCUGGAAGCUGCUGAGUUAAUUUUAGUGAUUUUCUUUCUUUAAGUUUCCAUGGAGACUGAAAAGCCAAACACAGAGUGACAAGUACAAAUGUUCUCAACUCCACCGAUUUCUAUUUUCUCCACUAAAACACAAACACCCCUCUUAAUCUGUCUCUGACAUCAAACAGGCUCCAGCUGAUUUUUCAAACCUGAAACCAGUUCUUACCUAAACCCCCAACGAGGCCAGAUCCAGGAGCUUCAUGGAGUCUGUUCAGCAGCCUCCGAACAAUCAGAAGAGAGUUAAAACCAACAUGGAGGGAUGAUGACAGAGUGAGGUGGAUGGCGAUGGUUAAUAUUCUCUCUCCUCUUCCUGGUCCAGGCUCGAGGUCUGGAUCUGUCCCGGGUUCGGGCCUGUGUGGUGGUGGCAGAGGAGCGUCCCAGGAUGUCGCUCACACAUUCCUUCUCGAAGCUCUUUAAAGACCUCGGCCUCCACCCCCGAUCCGUCAGCACGGCGUUCGGCUGCAGAGUCAACUUAGCCAUCUGCCUGCAGGUGAGAAUAGACCCCCAAUUCCCACCGCAACCAGAACGGCUACGAAAAGGUCGUAUCCGCCGAUCGCAGCUGAUCGUAACCAUUCAAGUUAACGUGUCAAUUUCCACCGGCUUCUCAAGAGUUCUAUUUUUUUCCAGACACUGGAGCAUGCCGCAUAAAUUCAGCACAGAUUUACCUGUGCUGGAAAGGAAGUCAGGCACAGACACAAAAUAAAACACCCGGCUUCUUUUCAAAAUAAAACACUCUGCAUUUCAGGCGGAUCGUAUUUUACACUAUGUUAACAGGCGAAAACGAACAAGUGAAAGGUUUUUAGACGUCAUUUCACCCCGAUGACACCAUGGAUGAGGAGAUGCUGAUUCUAAAAGGACACAAUCUACUGCUUAUAUGUCUAUGUGGCUGUCUUUAUAGAGACAACCUGUUAUCGCAUGAUUGCACGUGAAUCCACAGGUUCUUGUGAGUUCUCGCGAUUUCCGCUGUUUGUAAUCCGCCACGAAAUUCGCCUCACAAACUGAUCUGACCAGAUGCGGUGGAAAUUUAGGGCAACAGGGCUGCCGUCACGCUGCACAGCACACAUGUUAAAACCACCAAUAAUCAAUAUCAAAUUUAGAUCGACUUUGUAUUAAGGGAAGUAUCUCCUGAUCACAUGCUCACUAAUCUGUGUGCUGAUUGGCUGCAGGGAACUUCAGGACCCGACCCGACGACUGUGUACGUGGACAUGAGAGCGCUUCGCCAUGACAGGUACAGCCGUUUGUCCUGAAGGCUUUUAUUUUGAAAAGAUUCAACAGAUCACAGUUUAAAGGUGAACGUUUGUGUGUUUCAGGGUUCGAUUGGUGGAGAGAGGAUCUCCUCACAGUCUGCCUCUGAUGGAGUCUGGAAAGGUGAGCGUUGUCCUCUUCACGCUUUGGAUGUAAACAAACAGACGACGGGUUUUAUCUUGUAGCACGGCGCGGUUUGUCCACAAAGUCCUUUUUUUUUUUUUUCUGCAUUAAUCCAAUCAUAACGUUUGAAUGUGGGACGUCAUCUGUGAUUGCAGCAGCCUGAGUAAAUCUGUCCUCACUCAGGGGUUUAAAAAAUUACAAUUUUAUAUCCGAAAACCAAAAACAGAUUUAGUUAAACAGCUCGAGCGUCUAUUUACUUUGAUUCUUUACCUCAGAGACCUGAUCUGUGCGGGCUUUUUGUAAAUUAAAUCAGUAAAACUUGAGUGAAUAAGAUUUUGAGGCUUUUUGGACGGAAAGAGGAAAACACUGGGAUGCACUGAAACAGCAGCAGAUUGGAGAUGGGACUGUUUCUGUUUUUGGACCCAACGUCCUCCCACACUGAGUGAGUCAAAGCAGACAGCAGGUUUUUGAGACCAUGACGAGCCCCGAGGCGUCCGUCCUCCCUGUCUGUCUGUCCGUGGACGUGUGGGUGCAGGAAGGAUCACAUCACAUUCAUCACGCAGGUGCACGACUUUUAGACCUGGAAACAGCCAGCAGUGAUGUCAGAGGGAACAGUGAGACGUUAGAGCGGUCUGGUGGAGGUUAAAAACGCCCCUUUAGACAUGAUGAUGUUUAAUUUGACUGAAACUUUCUAAACUGAUGAACUUUCACUCACAUCAGAGAUCUCUUUUCACUCUUCAUUUGGAGAAAACAAAACCGAAUAUAUUCUCACCGUUCAGCAGCACAUCCGCAGACCUGCAGCGUUCGACUCGCCCACAUUCAGUGAAAAUAUUCCAGCCUGAGUAUUUUUAGAGCACUUUUGAAAACAAUCUCACAGCGUGGAGGUCAGCGUGGGACUGCAGUGUUUACCUUUUUGUUUCUCAUCACUUCUGUCCUCAGAUGAAACAUUUUUAAGGGUUUGUUGUUUUUGAUUCUGGUGACCCAUUUAGAUGUUUUUCUGGGAUGAAACUACAUUUCCCAUGAGCGCCAUCACUCUAGCCAAAGCAUCCAUUUGUAGUUGAAGCUAAUCCAAAGAAAACAGACGUGUCUAAAAACCUCUUUUCAUCUUCAGGUUGAAGUAUUGAUUUGUAGCUGCUUAAAUCCGCUUCCUACGACUGAACUUUACAAACUCAGACGUGUCGCUUCAUCGUUACCCCUCACAGCCCUGUUGUCUCAUACUUUAACUUUUCAGUCCUUUAAAGAGUGUGAAGGAUCCACCAGCCGGCACAAACUACAAAUCCUGUCCAUAAUCGCUUCACUGAACGUCUGAAACAAUCCUACAGAUGUAAUUACUCGCUGAAAUCUGCUCCAGUGAAAGACUAAUUUGCUGCAGGAUGAAAAAUCUGUGUGAGUUAUUCUUAAAACUAAAGGAAGGACACUGAAAUGAAAGUAAAGGGACAAAGUUGUCUAGAUGGUCUCAAAAUAUCCCAAAACUAAGAUUUUUAAACAUUUUUUUUCAGCAGAGGAGAAAUGUGAUCCCUCUCUUAAAAAGUCCUCAAACCUGCUGCUUUAAUCCACGAGCAAAUUACACUGUACUCCUCCGAUCGCUCAGCGGCUCUGAUUUCACUUUUAUUGCAGAUCUCUUAGCAACUGAGUGAACUCCAUCAGAGAGGUCAGCGGAGAGCUGCUGCGCCGCACAGAGGCUAAAUAUACCGCAGUCAGACCAGAGAAGAGAGAGUCAGGUGUGAUAAAUGUUCAACAACUCCAGCAGAGUUAGAAACGUUAGAUCACUGAAAACAAAAGUUUGAUGUUUUUAUAUAAAAUAAAAAAAGUUUUUCUUGAACCAAAAGUUCAGAGGAACUUCAGUUUAAUGAGUUGAAGCUCGUGGCGUUUAAAGAGUGAGGAUUAAACCGUUGGACAGACCUUAUCUGCGAGGAAAAUCUCUCUUUGUUUCGGCUCCUGGACGUUUUAAAGUGACAGAUCUUUUCCUAGACUUUGAUGAGGUGUUCGUGUCUCUCCUCCUUCUUCUUCUUCUUCUUCUUCUUCCUCCACACUGACACACAAAGAGAAGAAGACGUCAUGUUUCUGAGCCGGUCAUCGAUCAGCCCGCUGUUUAUUUUGACUCACUGAACGUGGGAGGAGGAGGAGAAAUGCUUGUUUACCAGGCAGACCGUCCUGUCUUUGAACGCCUCAUGAACACACACAGAGUUUCAUGUGUUUGAGUUGGAUCUGUAUGUGGAGGAUAAAAACACAUCUGUGCAGCUGUUUCAGCUCCUGAUGAAGCUGUGAACUCAGAUGAUGAUGAUGAAUUCAUUUAUUUCAAAACAAAACAAACGUUGAGACUGUCUCUGUUUCUCUGCAGAUCUUACCUGGAGUUCGGAUCAUCAUCGCAAACCCAGAGACCAAAGGACCUCUGGGAGACUCUCACCUGGGCGAGGUCAUUCAAUCUACAUCCUUCAGUUUGACUUUAUUUGACUGUUUUCUUCUCUGCAUGUCUUCACUCUCAUUUUUAUGAGUUUGUCCAUCUUUUAGUUUUUCUUCUCUCUUUGUCUUUUCUGUUGUUUCGGCUUCUGUCUUCAUCUUUUCUCUCAGGGUUUCACCUGCUCCUCGUUUUUGUCUUUUCCUCACAUCUGUACGAUUCUACUUCUUUUUCUUUUUCUUUUUCUUCCUCAAAAUCUUUGUCAUUUUCUUAUUAAAUAUUUCUUUUCUCAUUAUUCAAUGUUUGUGUUUCAUUUUUUACCAAACUCUUCAUCUUGUCUGUUUUUCCAUAAUUUCUCAGUCCAUCCCUCUUUGGAUUUUCUUGUCAUGUGUUCUGUCUUGUGUGCUCUUCUCUGAAACAUGUUUUAUUACCUGAAAGUUUGACACACGUGUGACUUAAACUGAGAAAAAGACCCAAAACACAAACUCAGAGAGGAUUUUAGUUUUAAAGAAAAGGUGAAAAGUGAACAAAAUUGUUUCAAGAAGAACUUAAACUCAAAUUCAGAGAAAAGAAAAGAAAACUGAGGAGAGGAGAGAAGCAGCAGGAUUCACACGAUCAAGGAAAGACAGUGAGGCUGAAUCUUCAUCUCCCCCCUAAACCCUUAAGGACUGAAAUGACGCCUCUUUGAAAGAGAUAGAGUGCAUGAACCUCCAAGCCCAUGGGGAGUGCUAUGAACUCUGGGUGAUUCCCUCACACAAGUCUGCAGGGAUGCCCACUUACAUGGGAACCAGAGAGUGAAAACCACAAAAACGACAGGAACAGGAACUCACAGGGUCCAGGAGGUUCUCGUUCACAAACCCGUCUCUCCUCGUCUGUCUCUGUUUCUCCUCCUCCUCCUCCUCCUCCUCCUCCUGCAGAUCUGGGUUCACAGCGCUCAUAACGGCAGCGGUUACUACAGCGGCUACGGCGAGGAGGUCCUCCAGUCCGAUCACUUCAACUCCAGACUCAGUUUCGGAGACACUCAGACGGUCUGGGCCAGGACGGGAUACCUGGGCUUCCUCCGCCGCACCGAGCUCACAGACGCCAACGGAGGUCAGUUUCCUCUCCGACUCCAUCUUUUCCUCUCUGUCUGUGACUUAACCAGCAACAUGACGUCUCUUCUUCUGUGUUUGUGGAACAGAGAGGCACGACGCUCUGUUCGUGGUGGGAGCUCUGGAGGAAGCCAUGGAGCUGAGGGGAAUGAGGUACCAUCCCAUCGACAUCGAGACCUCCGUGAUCCGCGCUCACAAGAGCAUCAUGGAGUGGUAGGUCUGACUUUGAAAAAAUCUGUUUUUGUUUUUUGGUUGAUGAAUUUAUUUUACAGAAUUUUUGCACCGAUAAACUGAGAGCUGAGGUUGUCCUUAAAAAAAGAUGUGUAUAUAUUUGCUAAGCCUGAAAAGAUCGAGUUGCUACAUGGAUUUUUACAAAAAAAAAAAACAGCCGUACCAAAAAUAGCAAAAUAUAUCUGGGAGUUCUAAGGGUUAAGAAGAAAUCCAUAACAAUCAUGAGUUGUGUUUUAAUCUUGUGGUGGAGCUCUGCUGCCCCCUGGUGGUCCAGAAGAAAACACUGGUGAUGUGAUGAUGAUGAAUGAAUGCUCCUUCUCCUCCUCCUCCUCUUCCUCUUCUUCAGUGCCGUCUUCCCCUGGACCAACCUGCUGGUGGUGGUGGUAGAGCUGGAGGGCUCGGAGCAGGAAGCCCUGGACCUGGUUCCCAUGGUGACCAAGGCGGUGCUGGAGGAGCACUACCUGAUAGUGGGCGUGGUCGUGGUGACGGAUAUCGGCGUCAUUCCCAUCAACUCCCGCGGCGAGAAACAGCGCAUGCACCUCCGCGACGGCUUCUUACAAGACCAGCUAGACCCCAUCUAUGUGGCCUACAACAUGUAG